AGCCCUGGCCAAACUGCAGACCUGCCAGCCGCCCGGGAGCUCUUUCCACGAGGGUCUCGCCCAGUCCUCCUUCCUCGCGGCUUUCUCCUUCCCCUCUUCUCUACAUCUCUCUCCUCCUCACCCCGAUUUCCCUGCUCUUUGAAGACCCUCAACUUUCUUUCUUUCUUUCUUUCUUUCUUUCUUUCUUUCUUUCUUUCUUUCUUUCUUCCUUGUUUCCCUCUUGCCCAUCUCGUCUCCCCUCUCUUUGGAAUUAUUCCUCUAUCUCACAAUUUCACCUUUCAUCUGCUUCCUUGACACUCCCUCUCUAUACUCCCUUAUUCUUUCUUUCCUUCCCUCCAUCCGUCUGUCCUUCACACUCUCUCUUUCCUCCCUUUCUUUCUUUCCUUCCUUCCUUCCUUCCUUCCUUCCUUCCUUCCAUCCGCCUGUCCUUCACUCUCUUUCUUUCCUUCCUUCUUUCUUUCCUUCCCUCCAUCCGCCUGUCCUUCACUCCCUCUUUCCCUUCUUCUUUCUUUCUUUCCUUCCUUCCUUCCUUCCAUCCGCCUGUCCUUCACUCUCUCUCUUUCCUCCCUUUCUUUCUUUCUUUCUUCCUUUCUUCCUUUCCUUCCUUCCCUCCAUCCGUCUGUCCUUCACCCCCUCUCUUCAUUCUUCCUUCCCUUCCCUUCAUCCGUCUCUUAUUCCAUCAAACUUUCCCUCUCUCUUUUUCACCUGUUUCUCUCUGUCUCUUUUCACCUGUUUUCUCUCUCUCUCUCCACCUGUUUCCGCCCCCCCUCUCUUUCUCUCCCUCCUUUCACCUCUUCCCCUCUUCCCUACUUUCCUCCCCUCAGGACAUUUCCGGACUCCCCCGUUUUUUGUUUUCAAUCCUUAUUAUCCCCACACCUCCAAUCCCCGCCUUGACCUUGACUUUGGAUUUAAACUUCUUUCCCCAAAGAAGAAGGGCCAACCUUUAAGCCAAAGAGAAGACAACUCUCUGCGUCAUCUUGAUCAGGAUUCGAACUCGCCACAGCCCCGGGCGCCUCCGUAAAGAUGCCGGCUGGUUUCCAGCAGAUACGGAGAGAGGACGAGGACGAGGUAAAUGUUGGGUUGGGGGGCUGGAGAAGAGAAGACAGUGGGUGGUGGGGUGCUGUGGGGGUGCUGAGACCCAAAGCUCAAGGUGACCCAUAGAUUUGGGAGCACAUUUUGGGGGGUUGUUGCUUUUUCUGGGGUUCCUCAGAAUAUUCCGUCGCCGGCAAACGUAUCUUUAAAUGCCUCCGAGUUGUGACUUGAAAUUAAGAGUUGGGUUUCACGCCGGAUCAUGCAAGCAACUAUUUAUACCUCUUAGUUCAGGGUGUCCCUGUGACUGUGAAAUGAGGGUCAUGUUUACUCAGAGGUUAAGCCACGCUGUCUGCAGCGGGGCGUCUCCCCAAGUUGCUUUUCACCCAAUUGCGGCUCUCAGACGCUUCCAGAAUAGAUGCGGACUGCGUUCGUCGCAGCGGGUUGGUCUGGAUGACCCUCAGGUGUCCCUUUCCGAUUCCACAGCUCUGUAAUUCUAUGGCGAGUGGUCCUCGCACAAACAAGUUCUUUGCAGUGUCCGGGGUUGAUUUAUCGCAAUAUCUGUUCAGCUUCCCCUUCCGCCUCGUUCUGCUUUCGCCCGCCAACGACCUCCCUGCAGGGUGGGCCUCUGAGCUGGGAAGAGAGACAGUCUUAGUUUUCAGCCAUAGAGGCAGCAAGGGAAUUGGGCCCUGAUUUCAACUCUAGGGAUUUUUGAGCUUCUGUAUCUUUCCACUGAAAAUAUUGCCUCUGAGGCGUUUUUCACGUUUUCAAAAUGGUGGGUUUCUAGACCUCAUGGAGUUUCGGGAAUCGAGCCACCGAGCCGUGUUUGCUAGCAAAGUUUUUAACGCUCAGUGGAGAAACCGGAUAUUUUUUAUGGGACGUGUAAUGGAUUGCCUUCUUUGAGGCACACCCGUUGUGACAAAUUGCAGCCUGGAAGGAAUUAAAAAAAAAUCGUAGAGUUGAAAUGUACCCAAAGGUCAUCUAGUCCAACCCGCUGAAAUGCAGGAAUCCUGGGAAUGCUUCCUUUUGUUUGGGGACAGUCUCGGCGCUCGGGUGCCAGGUUGCAAGGAGCUGUGUCCGGCCCAGCUCCUUUCAAGUGGAUUUCAUUUUGCGUGCUCGGGGUCUGAGUGCGAAUCGUGCCCCUUCGCCAACACAGGCCGUAUCCCUUGAUCGUGAGGAGGGAGCGCAAAAAGCUGCGUUAUAUUACUCCAGACCGGCACUCUGAUUCCUUGCAAAAGGCGUUGAGAGGGGUUAUUUAGCUGCGAAUCCCAAAUCCUGGGGGCUGGACUGGAUGUGCUCAGGGGAACCUCUUCCAACUCCACCAUUCUGUGAUUCUUUGAGAUACUGCCACCGAGAAUACAGACCUCGUGGCUCCAAGGCUUUACCUUCUUUUAAUGCUACCCGAAUCGAUGCCUUCGCUACAUCUCGUGGGAGCGAGCGCCGCAGCUGCGCUGCGCGUAGCUUGGCUCGCUUACCCGAGUAACGCAGGGACACAAAAAGCAGUUGUGUACUGAGUUGGAUCGCAGAUCCAUCUGUCUCAAGUGUUGCCUGGUAGCAAUUAUCCAGGGUUUGGGGCAGCGGAUAAUGCCGGAUAGGCUCUGUCACUGAGCUGUAGUCAGACCCGCUGAAAAUAAAAGCAAGAUUCUUCUUUUUUAAAAAACAAUAAUAUUUAUUAGUUUUCAAUAGACAUAAUAGAAAGGAUAUACAACCACACAACAACAUAGCAACAACAACAGUAUAGAUAUUAAAAAAACAAAAAAGAAUAACAGACUUGACAUACCUAAACAGAAAAAAAAGUAAAGUAAAAUAAAUAAAUAAAAUCAGUUAAUUCAUUAAAAUCCAUUUUCAUAAACAUUUUAGUUGACUUCCUCUAAUCUCCUCCAUCUGAAUUUCCUCUUAAAUUGAAUGUAGCAGUUUCCAAUAUCAUUAUUUCAUAAAACAAUAUUACAGUCAUAUUCCAAUUUCUUUACCUUUCUUAUAGUGCAUUUUCUUAUUUAUACUUAUAAAUCUAAUUUUGUCCUAGGCCUAGUUGGUUCUUUCAAGUGGUUACAUACCUUUAAUGCUAGAAUAUUUAUUCAAAUAGUCUUUGAAUUUCUUCCAAGAUUCUAGUCCUCAUAUUUCUGCGUGAAAGGCUUGAAGGUCGAUAGGAAUGCAGGAAGUUGAUAUUCCUGUUGUCCCCGAAAGCCCUGCGGCUCCCUCUCUGCCCCACGUUAUCUCAUCUAUUCCCCCAGCUCUGCAGGAAUCCUUUUGCCCUGUGUGGGAUUCGAACCCACGACCCGAGAUUCAGAAUCUACCGACUGAGCUAUUUUCGUCUAUCGUUCCUUUGACUUUCCAGACUUUUUUUGCUAUUUCCCCAGGGCUUGGUUUAUUGUUUUGCCUUUUUCUCGUCAACUAUUCUGACCUUCUUUUUUAACCAUCCAGGGUUGUAUACAUUUAAUAAAUGCAUGCAUUUGUGUAUGCAAACGAUGCAUUAUUUGCAUAAUCAAAACCGUUCCCAAACGGCUGGAUUUCUGCAGCGUUCUCCCCGCUGCUUGCCCAAUUAUGCCUCUCUGCUGAGAGAAAUGCCAUCAAGCCACCGAGGUAAUUAUAAUCCCCGAACCAACCUGAGUCGCUAUUUAGGAAUUUUAAUUGCUGUGGGUGUUCUUAUGGGAGGCAGCGUGACCGAACCCAUCCCUAACGUUACAUUUUCUGCUGCAAUUCUUAGAUCAAGCUGCAACACACCCUCAGCUCGCCUGCGUUACUAACUUGCAAAAACUUGACCUUCAAACGACCCUGUGGAGUAGGCCGCUCUUGCGCCCAUUUUGCAGAUAGAAGGACUGAGGCUCAGAGAGAGAGAGACUUGCUCUAAGUUGCACAGGCUCAACCCUCUUUUCCCCUUCUAAGUCAGGUGCCAUAGGUGUACAGGGCUAGAGACCAAAACAGAGAGGAGAAGGAACGCACAAAUAUUACCUUUAUAUCUUUACUUUUAAAAGACAACUGAAGGCGGCCAUGUUUGGGGAAGUUUUUAAUGUCUGAUGCUGUAUUGUUUUUAAUAUUCUGUUGGGAGCUGCCCAGAGUGGCUGGGGAAACCCAGCCAGAUGGGUGGGUUAUAAAUAAUAACAAAUUAUUAUUAUUAUUAUUAUUAUUAUUCAGUUCCCUGCAUUCUGUCCUCCAUCCAGCAAGCACAAUCAGACCUCAGAGGCACAUCUCAGCUGCGAGCCAAUUAAUAAUAAUAAUAAUAAAUUUUAUUUGUAUCCUGCCCUCCCCGGCCAAAGCCGGGCUCCUAACGACAGGUAAAAAUAGCACAGUGUACAUAAAACCACACAAUUAAUUAAAAUAUAUUCUAAUCAUAAUAAUAUCGGUAAAUACUGGGGGGUGUUAACCGGAGAAUGUAAGCAGCGACACGGGUUCAACUUGGGACUUAUAAGGAGAACGGGAAACCGGUUUUGGAAACGGUUAUCAAUCGAUUUGGCUGUGAUUUGUAAUAACUUGGAAAAUCAAUAGAAGCAAUUGGCAAAAAAAAGAAAAAAAAGCUGUGUUUUCUGCCUUGGGCUGGAUUAGCUCGGGGGGUCCCUUGCAAGCGUACAGAUCUAUGAUUCUGUGACCCCAGCCUGGAGAAAAAGAUUAAAGGGACUUAGGGUUUGGGUGAGAUGUUUGCAGGAAAGUGCGUCGCCUUGGGACAGUCUUGAGGGCCGUUAGAAAUUUUUGGAGGGUUGCAGUUGAGGGUUUCCGUCCUUUCUUUUGACGCUGAUGCAGACAGCAAACAGUGCCCCAUAUCUAUCUUUCUUUCUUUCUUUCUUUCUUUCUUUCUUUCUUUCUCUCUCUCUCUCUCUCUCUCUCUCUCUCUCUCUCUCUCUCUCUCUCUCUCUCUCUCUCUCUUUCUUUCUUUCUCCCUUUCUUUCUUUCUUUCUCUCUUUCUUUCUCUCUCUCUCUCUUUCUUUCUCUCUCUCUCUUUCUUUCUCUCUUUCUCUCUCUCUCUCUCUCUCUCUCUUUCUUACUCUCUUUUUUCUCUCUCUUUCUUUCUUUCUUUCUUUCUUUCCUCUGUAACUUUUUUAUUGAUCAAUUUCCACCAUAUAAUCACAUACGUUAUUUUUUUCCGCUCCCCCCCCCCCGGACUUCCCUCAGCUCCUCUCCCUGAUUUCUCUUCCCAUAUUUUCUCUGCAUAUUAUAAAAUUGUACAUAUCCUUACAUGUCCAUCCAUCAUGUUAUUAACCAAUAAAUUUGUGUAUGUUUUUUCAAAACCUGCCAAGGAGUGCAGCUCGUGUUGUUGUCUUUUCAAAUAGUUUGUAAAAAGUUCCCAUUAUCCUUAUCUCAAUUACCCUUAUCUCGCAAUUUGUAAGUCAAUUUGGCCAAUUCUGCAUAGUUCAUUAAUUUUUCUUGCCACUGUUAUUUCAUUGGAGUUUCCUCAUUCUUCCAUCCUUGUGCUAUCAAGACUCUUGCUGCUGUUGUAGCUUACAUAAAUAAAUUAUUUGUUUUCUUUGGCAGGUCUUGUCCUACAAUCCCUAACAGAAAUGCUUCUGGGUUUUUUUUUUUACAAAUGUCAUUUUAAACAAUUUUUUCAAUUCAUUGUAUAUCAUUUCCCAUUUUUUUAAAACUUCUCUACACUCCCACCACAUAUGAUAAAAAGUCCCUUCUUUUUCUUUACAUUUCCAACAAAUGUUUGAGCCGGUUUUGUACAUUCUUGCUAUCUUUCUUUCUUUUUUAAUAUCUUUAUUAUACAUCAAUUAACAUCAGUUGGCAUAUACCUUAUAACUUACACUAUUUAACUUCGACAAUACAUAUAAUACAAACAGGACACACUACACAACAUAAACACACCUUAAACACUAACUUCUGAGUCUUCUCAUUUUACCAUUCAACAUUUUGUUAAUCUGUACACAGUUCAUUUUUAUUUUUUUAGCUUUCCCAUUUCUUAUCAAGAAAAUUCUGUUAUAUGCUCUCUUUAUAUUUCAAGAUUCGUUCUAAGUUUGCCAGGAGCUUACCAUGAUCACAAUAAUUUUUAAGGUAUUCUUUAAACAUUAUCCAAUCUUUAUUAACUUUCUGAACUAAAUUUCCUUUUAAUCUCCCUGUCAUCCUUGCAAGUUGUAAAUAACUAAUGUUAUCAGUUCUUUUCCAGUUCUUUACUAUUAAAAUCCUAGCCGCUGUGGUUGCGUACAUCAAAAGAGGUCUAAGAUUUUUCUUAAUUUCGAUGGACGUAAUUCCUAAUAAGAAGGCCUCAGUUUUUUUGUGUGAAUGAGAAUUUGAGUAUCUUUUUAAAUUCUUUAUAUAUGGUAUCCCAAAAUUCUCGCAAUCAGCACCCCAUAUGUAGUCCCUUUUCAGUAGGCUGGAUUGGGCCCAGAAUGGGUCACAUCUCCGCAGGGUGGAUAAAAAUUCAUGAUUUUAAAAAAUAAUAAAAUCAAAAAAAUCAGAUUUUUAAAAAUUUAAAUUGGAUUUUAAAAAAUUUAAAUCGGAUUUUUAAAAUAAAAUGCUUUUGGAGGCAAAAUCGUUCUAAAGAUUGUUUUCUGUUUAAGUUACCAUACAUUAUAGUCCAAAGGCUAUUCAUCAGGAAAUAAGGAUUUGUUUAAAGUUUUUCAUGUCUGCUAAAACUCAGUCUAAGGUUGUUGUUUUUAAAAAAGUUUAACCACAUCAGUUAACAAACAUGGAUACGUAUGCUACAAUGUUAUUGCUUUAGUUAAAUAAAUUGUUUAAAUUGUUAUUAAGCAAAUGGUUGUUUUUCUCCUUCUGAUAAAGUACAGCAGAAAAGUUGUCCAAAUACAAACAGUUAAAUUACCAAACCUCGCAAUAAUUUCAUAAUUACCUGUCAAUGUAUUUCUAAUAGUAGAAUCAAAUCAGUAAUUUCUGAUAUAACUGUUAAAACUACUCUGAAGAUUUAUUAUUCCGAAAAAGAAAGUUUCAUCUGGUUGGUAAAUAUUCAGAUUAUACCAGCAAGAAUGAGUCUUUCUGUAAAAAAAAAAAAAGGAUUUAAAUCGGGUUUACUGACUCGUGAUUUAAAUUGAUUUGAUUUAAAUCAGAUCCAUCCUGCAGCUUUAGAACUCUGCACGUUCUCUUGCGCAGAGCCUCUGGAGCAAUUGUCCGUCAUUCUGAUCCAUGUGCACAGCGGAACUAGCUUCUGUGACAUCACGGAAAGCACACGCGUGUGGCGAGCGUGACCUGGAACUGCAUUGCUAAAUUCAAAUUAUGUGGCCGUGUGAUGGCUGCAUCGCAUCCGGCGGUUGGCAUUUUGCUACCUAGCAGGGAGACAGGAUCGCAUCCGAGUCGCCAAUGUCAUUCAGCUCAUGCGCCAACAAGCGCGCUUCGCACCGAUCUUUCACCGCGCAUGUGCCUCGCCUGCGUUAUUCAGAGCGCACAGAAAUCCUGCAAUAUUUAGCCUUGCCAUAUUGACAUCCUGGAACAUUUUUGUGUGUGGCUCAGCUCCUGCUUAUAAACAUCACUUUUAUUUAUUAAAUCGCAGAACGGUUUGCAGUAUAAAAAGACAAAAAAUGCUUAACAAAGUAACAAACUAAAGCAACACACCCAAAACGGCUUAAAUGGCCAUAGAUUUAAUUAGCCAAAGGCCUGGAAAAAGAGGAACAUUUUUGCCUGUAUAUUGAAGGCACCAGGCGAACCUCCCUGGGGAAAGGGUCCUGCAGACAGAGGAGCCACCACAGACAAGGCCCUGUUCUUGCGUCGCCACCCUCCGGACACGGAGGAGGCACACAGAGGAGGUCCUAAGGUGAUGAUCAAAGGGUCCCGGUUGGCUUAUAUGGGGAGAGGCGGUACUGAGCCGUUUAAGGCUUGAUAGACAGGGCCAGAUUUAGGUUUGAUGAGGCCCUAAGCUACAGAAGGUAAUGGGGCCCUUUAUAUGUCCAGCUGUCCUUUGUCAACAACAUAUUGUCCCGUUUUUGGUGUGUUGAAUAUAUGCUAUAUGGUCAUUUAUAGACCUAACAGGUCCAUACACAACACAAAACACUGUAUGUAGGUUUUAUUUUACAGUGGUACCUCGGAUUAAGUACUUAAUUUGUUCCGGAGGUACGUUCUUAACCUGAAACUGUUCUUAACCUGAAGCACCACUUUAGCUAAUGGGGCCUCCCGCUGCUGCUGCGCCGCCGGAGCACGAUUUCUGUUCUCAUCCUGAAGCAAAGUUCUUAACCCGAGGUACUAUUUCUGGGUUAGCGGAGUCUGUAACCUGAAGCGUAUGUAACCUGAAGCGUAUGUAACCUGAGGUACCACUGUAUUUGUUUUUUAUCUUAUAUUUUGGAAAUGUACAUCCAGGUCUCUAAAGCCAUAUGCACAUAACAAAAUAUGUAUUUUAUCAAAGUAAAUGUUAAACUGAAAUACAAUUAAGAAGAAGUAUUUUAACAGGGAAAUACAAUUGAGAAGAAGUAUGUUAGUGAAAUAAUGAUUCAGCUGUAACUUAAAAUGAUUGUUUAUUCAUAACAAAAUAAUGCAAACACAUUGGCAUUUGGGAAUAACAAAAGUUCCUUUAGAAAUACAAUUUACAAAGACUCAUAAUCUAUUCUCGGGAAACUUGCUAUAACAUGAAAUAAUAAUAGGUGUAACUAUAUGGUGCAAACUACUAAUAAUUACAAAAUAGCAGAAUGUAGGCAGCCCAUAUAUAGAAAGGAGCAAACCAGGGAUAUUUUAGGGAGCAGGCUAGCAGGCGGGGCCCAUGACUUACAUCAUAGGAGCCUACACAACACAAAAUGCUGUUGCUGUAGGUAGGUUUUAUUUUAUUUGUUUUUUAUCUUAUAUUUUGGAAAUGUACAUCCAGGUUUUUUCCCCUUUAAUAUUUUGGGGGCCCCAAGAGAGUGGGGCCCUAAGCUGUAGCUUGUUUAGCUUAUACGGUGGACGCUCAGGUUGUGAACGUGAUCCGUGCGGGAAGCACAUUCGCAGCCCGCAGCGUCCGCAACCCGCAGCACCGCAUCUGCGUACGCGCGAAUUGCGAUUCGGUGCUUCUGUGCAUGCGCAAAGCGCAAUUUAGCGCUUCUGCGCAAGCACCGAAACCCAGAAAUAACCUGUUUCAGUACUUCUGGGGUCGGUGCGGUGCGCAACCCGAAAUCGCACAACCCGAAGCAUCUGUAACCCGAGGUAUGACUGUACGUAAAUCGGGCACUGUUGAUAGGUCAAAAGCAGAAACUAAUCGGCAGCCAGUGUCGUCGGGCCAGGGUUGGCGUUAUAAGGCUCAAACCGUUUUGCUCCGGUGCAUAAUUGGGCUGCUGAAUUCUGCACCAGCUGAACUGUAUUCAGAGCCUAGCUGUCAACUUACAGAUUUGAAAAUAAGGGAUCAGCAGCCAAAAUAAGGGAUUUUCCGGGCACAGGUAUGUUCAACUUCUGAGCCCCUCCGAGCCAAAGGCAGAAAGCCCAGCCAGCAGCCAAACGAAGCCUCAUCAAUAAGGGACAGCAGCGGGACAUGGCGCUGGGAUAAGGGACUGUCCCGCCAAAUAAGGGACAGUUGACAGCUAUGGUUCAGAGGCAGCCCUACAUAGAACGCAUUGCAGUAAUCUAACCUAAAGGUUACCAGAGCAUAGACAACAGAAGUGAGGCUUCCAUCAAUACAGGCUUAUGCCCUUAUGUUUAUUUUGGUUUUUCUUUUGGGCUGGAAGAGCAUCCAUUUCUCAGAUGAGACUCCACCAGGCUAAAGAGUCUCUGAUCUGGAAGCUUUGGGUCCCUAAACCUGCUCCUGUAGGGCGAUGCUGAGCUUUACUUGCUGGUGAGAGACAUUCUCCCACUCUGCACAUGCUCAGAGGAACCUUCUCUUAAAACAAAUCAUUUAUUGCAUUUAUACCCCACCUUUUUCCUCCAAGGAGCGCAAAGCGGUUUGCACGUUUCUCCUCCCGCUCCUCAUUUAAACCCCACAACGACCUUGCGAGGUAGUUUAGCCUGAGUAAAGUCAGUGACUGGCUGAAGACCAGUGAAUUUUGUGGUUCAGGGGACUUGAACCCUGGUCCCGCCCAGGUCUCGGGCCAAAAAGUAGACCCGAGUUAGGUAUGUCCGUUAAUUUCAGUUAAUGGUUCCCUCAGUGCUCCGUACAGCACAGAAUUCACCAUAAUUAAACAUGACAAGUAAAUAUUGGGUUGUGACUACCGGAAAAUUGUAGACGCAACCACUUUCCUUCCUUCCUUCCUUCCUUCCUUCCUUCCUUUCUUUCUUUCUCUUUUUUAAAAAAAACAACAUUAAUUUUAUUUCACUUAAUAAUACGCAUGAACAUACAACACAAAGCAUUAGGUUCAAAAAUCAAAACUAUAUUAUUAUUAUUUCCCUUUAAUUCUAUACACAGAGACUGAUAUUAAAUCCUCAAUGAAUCACUUUACAUAGACAAAGAUAUAAAUAUUUAGCUUUUAUAAGUAUAAUCAAGCAUUUGCCACGAAAAGGUGUAAGAUAAUUAAGCUUUUAGCAAAUAAUUCCAGAUUAUCCUCGCUCUCAUUUUUUGUAAAGCUUUUGGUUGUUUUUUUUAAAAAAAUCAUUUUAUAAUGUAUAUAGAAGGGCUAUAACAGAUGGAAAUUAAAAGCUGGAAAACCAAAACUAUAAAAUAGGCAUGAGUACAGCCGUAUGUGGGUUACAAUAACAAAACCCAAGUAUAGAAUAUCUGAUUCUCAACCAGAUUAAGUUACUGGAGCAGUGCGGCAUAGUGGUUAGAGCGUCUGCCUAGGACCUGGAUGAGACCAGGGUUCAAAUCACCCUGAAGUUCACUGGGUGACCUUGAGCCCAGUUGGCCUGACCUCCCUCGCAGGGAGGUUAAAGAGAAAGAGCCAGAAUAGAGCCCCAUACAAGACUUUGAGCUCCUUGCAGAAAACGCCGGGAUAUAAAUGCAAUUAUUAUUAUUAUUAUUUUUAAAUGAUAUUUAUUAAAAUUUCACAUAAAAAGAAACACAUCGAUAAGAAAAGAAUUUAAAAAUAAAAAGAAAAAUACACAAUACAAAAUACAGAAAAAUAAAGAAAAAACAGUUAAAAACAAUUCCAUCUUUUCAUCACUACUUUUGAAUUUACUUAUUUUCUGGACCUCCUCAUACCUCCCUCUUUUGUAUUCCAAUUCAGUUUUGUUUGUCCAGCAAUUCCUUUCCCUCCUUUUUCAUAGAAUCAUAGAAUCAUAGAGUUGGAAGAGACCACAAGGGCCAUCAAGUCCAACCCCCUGCCAAGCAGGAAACACCAUCAGAGCACUCCUGACAUAUGGUUGUCAAGCCUCUGCUUAAAGACCUCCAAAGAAGGAGACUCCACCACACUCCUUGGCAGCAAAUUCCACUGUCGAACAGCUCUUACUGUCAGGAAGUUCUUCCUAAUGUUUAGGUGGAAUCUUCUUUCUUGUAGUUUGGAUCCAUUGCUCCGUGUCCGCUUCUCUUUUUAAUCCCAAUCCUUAAUCUUAAUAUAAUAUAACAUUAAAUUUUUAUCUAUUAAUAGCCAAUUUUCCAUUCUUUUAACCUUUUUAAUCCUAAUCCUUAGUCUUGAUCUGUAUAUAACUUUUAUAAAUUCAAUUAUUAAUGACAGCAAUAUAAUAGAACUGACGUUUUGCUGCCUCUUUUCGAAAUCACUGUGGCGUUUUUCUUCCUGCCUUAGUUUAGCUGGCAGUGCCAUCCAUCCCUAACUUUGCCUACUCGGAAGUAAGCCCCACUGAAUCCCAGGGGAGCUUGCUCCCAGGGUAACUGGGGGGGGGGGGCUUACUCUGCAAGCAAUGCUGAGCUUUUGCAGCGGGGAUCGGAGCCGAUUGCCAGCAGUCUGCAGACCCUCCAAGUGCCCCUAUUUUCCCGGGACAGUCCCGGGUCGACAGAAGAAGGGCCCGAUUCAGGUCUGAUGAGGCCCUAAGUUACUGAAGGCAGUGGGGCCCUUUAUAUGUCCAACUCUCCUUUGUCAACAACAAAUUGUCCCUGUUUUUUUGUGUUGAAUAUAUGCUCUAUGGUCAUUUAUAGACCUAAUAGAUCCAUACACAGGACACGGGUGGCGCUGGUGGUUAAACCACUGAGCCUAGGACUUGCCGAUCAGAAGGUUGGUGGUUCGAAUCCCCGUGACAGGGUGAGCUCCCGUUGCUCGGUCCCUGCUCCUGCCAACCUAGCAGUUCGAAAGCACGUCAAAGUGCAAGUAGAUAAAUAGGUACCACUCCGGCGGGAAGGUAAACGGCGUUUCCGUGCGCUGCUCUGGUUCGCCAGAAGCGGCUUAGUCCUGCUGGCCACAUGACUGGAAGCUGUACACCGGCUCCCUCGGCCAAUAAAGUGAGAUGAGCACCGCAACCCCAGAGUUGGCCACGACUGGACCGAAUGGUCAGGGGUCCCUUUACCUUUACCUUUAGGUCCAUACACAACACAAAACACUGUAUGUCGGUUUUAUUUUAUUUUUUAUAUUUUGGAAAUGUACAUCCAGGGUUUUUCCCCCUUUAAAUUUUUUUGGGGGCCCCAAUCGAGUGGGGCCCUAAACUAGAGCUUGUUUAUUUUACACGUAAAUCCGGCAAUGGACAGAAACCAUCCCCAUUUUUUUAUUUCAUCCCGCAAUGUCCCGCUUGCCCUUUCGGACGUCCCUGUUCCCGUCGGAAAAACAUUGGGACUUAAAAAAAAAAAAAGCACUUUGCAAAAGCUGUUCUUCCACGCCUGGAGGCAGGAAUGAACCUCUGCUGCUGGAGAGAGAGGGAAAAAAGCCAUAUUUGGCUGCUUCCACCCAGAUCAGGCCUGUCUCCUAUUACGCUGAGUAAUGGAGGUAAAGGCGCAUGUCUCUGCCUAUUCCCCUCUGGCCCUUUAAAAAAAAUUAAAUUAAAUUACACUUGCCUCGCCCAGCAGCCGAACAGGUGCUAGCUGCCAGGCCACCCGUUGAUUGACAGGGUGCAGAGGUUGUCAAGGCAGCCGCAGAGGCCCCCACCCCCUUCUUAUUUUGGGAAGGGGGCAGUGAGAAGCCUGGGUGGCUUAAAAAUAAAUACCGUAUUUUUUGCUCUAUAAGACUCACUUUUUCCCUCCUAAAAAGUAAGGGGAAAUGUGUGUGUGUCUUAUGGAGCGAAUGCAGGCUGCGCAGCUAUCCCAGAAGCCAGAACAGCAAGAGGGAUUGCUGCUUUCACUGCGCAGCGAUCCCUCUUGCUGUUCUGGCUUCUGAGAUUCAGAAUAUUUUUUUUCUUGUUUUCCUCCUCCAAAAACUAGGUGCGUCUUGUGGUCUGGUGCGUCUUAUAGAGCGAAAAAUAUGGUAAAUAUGGAUGUACCGUGCCAUAUUAGACGCAAAAAAUCUUGUUUUGAUGAAUCGGAAGAGCCGCAAAAAGAUCCCAUUGAGCACAUGGAUUGACAACAUGGACAGACUAGUUGCAUACGAACAAAUUGCAUAUCAAGAAUGGAUAAAUAUGAAGAAAUCUGGAAGGAAUACUUAAGCGAUAAGGCAUAAAAAUGGUGGGAAUUAGGGGGAGGAGAGGUGGGGAAAUAAUGUUAAAAGGGUGUAGUUAUAGGUAUAUCAGUACUCAACUCUGAAUUGUUAAAUUGUAUUCUUUCUUUCUUUUUCAAAAAAAAUUUAUUGGUUUUCCCAAUAUUAUAAACAAACACAUAAAACAAACAAACAUAAAUCAUAACCUUAUUGAAAAUUACACUUAUUAACUUUGUUAAGUGACUUCCCCGCUUCCCCUUGGUUGAAUUUCAUUGCAUAUCCUUUUAACGGUUCCCCAAGUCACAAUUCUUAUCAAAUUUAACUUAAACAUUAACGUCCUUAAAUCUUCACUUUAUGAAAUUAAACAUAUUAACAUAAAUAAAAUCCUAUGCCAAUUAAGUACCUGCAAGCUGUUUUCAGUUCAUUUAACUUAACAUAUUUAACUAAGUAAUCAUUAAAUUUAAAUGGUAUUCGUAGUGUUACUGUGGUUUUUGUUGUAGGUGUUUUUCGUGGUUGCUGUCGCUAUUAAAAAAAGAAUAAAUAAAUUUAAAAAAUAAAAAAAGCAGACCCACUUUCCCAGCCUGAACUUCCGAGCCUGUCAAAGAUGCUGCAGUCAUAUUUUUUUGGGGGGGGGGAGAAUAGGAUGGUGGGACACACACGCACAAGGACAUUGGGGGGGUCCUGCGCGUGCGAGUAACUGGACCCUAUCCCACACGGUGACAUGCCCGUCACCUGCCACUCAAAUGCAUCAUGUGUUGUGUCUCCCCCGCAAGCAGAGGAUGAAAUCCUAGCCUGCCUUGGAAACUUUCCCAUCUCAGAGCUGGAAACUGCCAAGUGAAACCUUGGUUUCCCCAGAGACUUGGGAAAGGGAUUGAAUGUUGAGGAGGUGGGGAGGCAGCGAGGCCAAAUUAAGAGGAGAUAUUAAAAGAAGGGGGGAGAUUGCGGGUCUUUCUGGUGGGGGGGUCUCCAGAGCAAGGCGGGCGUCGGAUAAACGGAAAUUAUUACCGCGGAUAUCUAUUCCCGGAGGGCAGUCUCCUGGGAUGGAAUGGAUUCUUCUCUCACACAGGUAAGAAGGGUCUAAUAAUAAUAAUAAUAAUAAUAAUAAUAAUUUGAAUCCUUCCACCCUUUGGAAUUCCCUGCUGAUUGACACCUGCCAGUGCUUUCGCUGGAUUUUUUUUUGACGCGUCCCUUGAAAAUAUCCUUGUUUAGACAAGCGUACCCAGGAUAAUAAUAAUAAUAAUAAUAAAUUUUAUUUAUACCCCGCCCUCCCCAGCCAAUACCAGGCUCAGGGCGGCUAACACCAGGUAUAAAAACAAUUGAUUAAAAUACAACUUAAAAACAAGAUUAUAGUACAACAUUAAAAUGCAGCCUCAUUUCAGUAGAAACUUGGUUAUAGAAAGUUGGUUUUAAUCUGUCUUCUUCUUCUUCUUCUCCUUAUCCGUAGAUCUCAGGGCCGUUCACAACCUUUUAGUACGUUUCAAAGGAUCGUAAACGCCCCCCCCCUUCUGUAAACCACUUGGAGCUUUUUCCGUUUUAACAAUUGGGCGGUGCCUAAUUUUUAGGAAAUAAAUAACGACGUGUUCUGUUUCCCCUACCUACCCAUCCCAAAUAUUCCACCGUGACCUUGAACGACCCUGCGUAACUCCAUAAGGAGAGUCUGGCUGCCUGAUCAUGCCAAAGGCUUUUUUUGCAUUCCUAGACUUGCAGAAUUGUAGAGGCCUCAGGGACACCCCAGAGGUCAUCCAGCCCAACCCCCGGCGACGCAGGAAUAUGCAGGUGUCCCUUACGGGGCUCGAACCUGCAACCUUGGGGUUAUCAGCGAGAGCUAAAUGGAGCCCCCAUGUCCGGGCGCAGUCUACCUUUGAACCCUGGCAGCUCAGGAGGAGGACAGUAAUAAUAAUAAUAAUAAUAAUAAUAAUAAUUUUUUAUUUAUAUCCCGCCCUCCCCAGACGAAGCCGGGCUCAGGGCGGCUAACAACAAUAAAAUAAUACAACAUUCUAAAAUCAUUUCAUUAUAAAAUUAAUUCAACUCAAAUUGAUGGCAACCAUUGGGCUAGAGUUCUGUGAAGAUUGCCAAAGGAGGGAGUCAGGCUGUGCCCUGGCUAAAGGCCAGGUGGAACAGCUCUGUCUUGCAGGCCCUGCGGAAAGAUGUCAAGUCCCGCAGGGCCCUACUCUCUUGGGACAGAGCGUUCCACGAAGUCGGGGCCAGUACUGAAAAGGCCCUGGCUCUGGUUGAGGCCAGCCUAACCUCUCUGUGGCCCGGGAACUCCAAGAUGUUUUUGUUUGAAGACCGUACGUUCCUCUGUGGGGCAUACCGGGAGAGGCGGUCCCGUAGGUACAAGGGUCCUAGGCCGUAUAGGGCUUUAAAGGUUAAAACCAGCACCUUAAACCUGAUCCUGUACCCCACCGGGAGCCAGUGCAGCUGGUAUAGCACUGGGUGAAUGUGAUCCCGUGGCAAGGACCCCGUAAAGAGUCUCACCGCAGCAUUCUGCACCCGCUGGAGUUUCUGGGUCAGUCUCAAGGGCAGCCCCACGUAGAGCGAGUUACAAUAAUCCAGUCUGGAGGUGACCGUUGCGUGGAUCACAGUGGCCAGGUCAGGGCGAGAGAGGUAAGGAGCCAACUGCUUAGCUUGGCGGAGAUGGAAAAAUGCCGCCUUUGUUGUAGCUGCAAUCUGCGCCUCCAUGGAAAGGGAGGUGUCGAAGAUGACACCCAAACUCUUAACGGAAGGUGCUGGCACUAAUUGCGCCCCCGCAAGAGAUGGGACAAAAUGACAGAGGGUGUUUUUGCCACACCUGGGCUGGCGCAGUCGGACGCCGGAUGGUGGAGCAGGUGGGCCUUUUGUUCAGAACCACCAGGGCUAUCUGUUUUCUGCCUUUAAUGUUCAUUUAUUAUCUUUGCACCGGCCGGCGAAAUGGGGCUUCGUGAGCAAAAAGACCGCGUGCCUGAGCUUCCUUCUCCUUUGAAGCUCUCAAAAAAGAGUUUUGAUCUCACAAUGGACCUGGCGGUGCUUAUUUAUAGACUUCUCAGAAGGCGGGCGGGCUUAGAUCUGUCUGCCGAAGAGGGGAAGUGACACGCCAUCCUUUAAACGCGGUCGCAUUUUCAUGCACGUACGCACCGUAGCUUCCUUUGCCAACCGGGCGCCCACCUGGCGCCUUGCGCUAUGACUCCCGAGAUGCCUGGAGGGCGCCACGUUGGAGAAGGGCGCGUUGGAGGCGGGCUCCCCCCCGGCUGGUCGUGAACCAGGGAGGCAAAAAAUUAAGGGGGUCUCCUCUACAUUUCCCCCAAAGCCGGGAUAAAAGCAGGGUGGGCAGGCAUUGAAUUAGAUGUGCAUAUGUUAUAUUACAAUUUCUUCCUUUUAAAAUAUAAAUAUCCAUUUAAAAUAAAUACAUGGAUGAGAAAACAGACGUAUAUACAAGUAAACAAACAUACAAUCAUAGAAAUAACAGAAAAAUCAAACAAAACCGCCGCACUAUAAGAUACAAGAAAGUUAUAUUCCACUUUUUGCAUUCAAACAAACAUUCAAGAUGAAGAAGUAAAAAGGAAACAUCAAACAUUAUAAAGGCAGUUGGAGUCUCUGCCAGACUUCAUCUUCUAUUAUCCCCCAGCGGUUAAUCGCUCCCUUGUGCCACAUCCUUUGUCGCAGCCGCUCAAACAAAUGCGGGGAACUCUGCACGUGCUCAGAGGCCCUUUGUUCGCGGGAGCGAAUUGUCGCUCAGCAAAAUUUAAUUUGCUGCUUGGUUGCCAGACGAAGCCCCUUAAAGGUUUGCUGGAAAUGGCUUGAGGUUUGUUGCCAGUUAACCCUUGCUGUCCCUCCUCCUCCUCCUCCUCCCUUUCUUGGGGGUCAAGAAGCCCUUUCCGUGUUUACAUUUCUGAAGCUUCCUGGCUCCAGCAGCAUCCCCUAAUAUGGUCCUCUCUUGUGCGGAUGUCUGUCAGGACAGGACGCCCUCCCCUGGGUGCCUGGGGUGGGAGGUCCGUUCCAGAUUGUCAGAAAACAAAUGCACUAAUAAACACACACACACACACACACACACACACACACACACCACUAACCUUAGCCACACUGCUGUCUCUCUCUUCUCCAGCAGAGCACAAACCCUCAGGGCCUCCAGACAGCCAUCCUUAAAGCCUGCCUUUCCUCCUCCAGCUCAAAAAAAAGUGAAAACCCACAAUUUGCCCCAUCAAAAGGGGCUCCUAGCACCCCCGGCUCUACUCUGACCCACAAGCCAGCAGUAUUCGCCUUAAAACUCAAGCGGCAGGCAGGAAUCCAACAGGUGAAGCGCCCCAAAAAAGCUCCACGUGUUGGAUUCCCCCCUCAAAAGGAGCCCCCAGCCCCUCUCCAGUCUGCCCCACAAGCCAGCAGCGUUUGCCUUAAAACUCAAGCGGCAGGCAGAAACCCAACCGGUGAAGCGCCCCAACAAAGCCCCACGUAUUGGAUUUCUGCCUGCCUGCUCAGGGGAAAAAACAGAAGGAGCCAGCAGCGUUUGCCUUAAAACUCAAGUAAGUGGCAGGCAGAAACCCAACCGGUGAAGCACCCCCACAAAGCUCCACGUGUUGGAUUUCUGCCUGCCAGCUCGGGGGGGGGGGGGAACCGUGCCGGGAAAUUAAAACUUUGCAAGGGAGCUUUGCUUCGCCCCAUAGGCCGCACAGCCUGCAGGGUUCCCCCCCACACACCUCCUUCCUCGCCUGUCUGGCUGCCCCUCCCUGCCUCCCAGUGCUAUGGAAACGUGCCUCGCCCCGAAUACCAGACCCAGAGGAAGAGGGAGGGGACAGGCAGGCCUCCAGCGACUGCGGCAGCAAGCAGGAGGCGUGAGUCACUUGGAGGGCAGCCUGGGAGCCGGCUCAGGAUGGUUCUUCGGAGGAAGGUAUGUGUGGCAUCCCCUUUGCAGCCCCCUUCUUAGCCCCACAUGCUCCUUCCAGCCCCCUCCACCCCAUGUCGCCACCCCAAACCAGUCGCCAGAAGAAGCCGCCAGAGCGGAGAGCGGCUCUCGAACUCGGAUCCCGCUGGCGGGCUCCCCAGAAAAGGCAUCUAUCUGGUUGGCCCCACAGAGGGACAGGAUGCUGGGCCGGCGGAACCAACCACCGGCCUGAUCCUGCCCCGUGCCGUCUGUUUUGUGCAGGAACCAGCUCCCUGAAAAUGCAGCCGGCUCUGGGGUGGAGGAGGGCAUUGAUGCCGCCUGGCGAUCUUUCCGUGGGGCUGUGGCGGCGUUGGCAGGGAUCCUCUGUUUACGAGGGGCAGGGUGGGCAUGGGCAUGUGGAAGGUAUUCCACCCGGAAGCCUAAAACUCUGAUGUUUUCGGAGGGUCGUUAAAGGACGGCAAAGCCGCAUUUUCAGUGUGGCAGAAGCAGAGCGCAAGAUAGCCUUUGCCAGGGAGCUGGCGGCAAAACUCUUGAACGUGAGGAAAUGGGCACAGAUGAGAAACCCACAAGGGGCACCAGAGCAGAGGCCAGCCCUAUAGCUCUGGACAGGCGUUGCUCACUCCUCGCACGCCUAAAUAGCCUCGGCGUGAGUGUUGUGCAAAGGUAGCAGCCUGGCACGUUUUUGCGCCACUGCCCCGGGGCGAAAUAACGUUUGACCUUGAGGCUGUGCGCCGUGGUGCGCCAUCCUGGGGCUACGUGCGGUACGUGGGGUUAUGGGAAGCCCUCACCUGCCAGCGCAUCGCUGAAGAGCUCUGUGUCACAACACGCCUUGCUAUCUGCCGGCAGGCGGGCCAUCGGUGGCGCAAUAUGUGGGAGACGGAAUGCCCCCAGGUAUGGGGUCCUGUUCUCAGAUGCCCGGGGGACCCUCUCCUCUCUUCUGAAUCCCAGCGAAGGAGGAACAUACCCAUUGUGGCUGUUCGCCAUUGAUCCUCCAGCGUUGACCUAUGAGAUCGGGCACAUUCCACAUUUAUAAGACCAUAUUAGCGUGGCUGCGCCUGAACUUUGAAACUCCCUGCCACUUGACGACAGGCCUUCAACUUCACUUUUUCUGGUGCCUGCUAAAAAAAAAACGAGAGCAAAUUCUGUGGUUGAACCGUGCGACGGCUGUGGGACAAUUUCCUUUGCUGUGAGGUCCUACGGCUUUUCUCCUGCAAAAGUUUUUCCACUUUGGGGCAAGGCCGAAAACAGUCGAGGGUGUGUGUGUGUGUUUUUGUGUGCACGCACCCUCUUUCCGGUACCCUCCCCCCUCCACAAAUGUGAUCCUUUGGGACUGAGCUGGUCGCUGUUGGUGGUGAGGGGAGACAAUGAUAGCGGAUAAUAUAAUCACUAAUCUCAAAUAUUGACAUUACUCCUGCCAACCCGAGCGCAGUCCACGCCGGGCAAGGCUGGCCUCGCCCUAGUUCCUGUGAACUGGGAAGAGAUGGCAAUUUGCAACAUCUUUGGUUUCCAAAGCUCAUUUCCUUUCGGUGCCACACACUGGAGGGGGCAGGCGGCGUUACAGGAAAUUUGGAAUUCUUUGUUUUCACCGGGGCCAGUAAUAAGUAGGUUAAAACCAGAAGCGGACUAAUGCGGCAGUUUAUGGGGUACCACUGAUUCUCCCCUCUCUCCCAAGUUCCCAACAAUAUCUCUCUUCUGAAGACUUCUUAUAAAAAUCAAAGAUGCCUGCGUUUGGGAACGGGAAAAUGAGUUGGUUUGGUGUCUCAGGUGGAAAAUUCAAACGGGACACAUCUGCCCUGAAGCACACAUUUUGAAUAACAUCAUGAUUGCUAUUAUUCCUUACAUAAUCAUUACAGUGGUACCUCGGGUUACAUACGCUUCAGGUUACAGACUCCGCUAACGCAGAAAUAGUGCUUCAGGUUAAGAACUUUGCUUCAGGAUAAGAACAGAAAUCGUGCUCCGGCGGCGCAGCAGCAGCAGGAGGCCCCAUUAGCUAAAGUGGUGCUUCAGGUUAAGAACAGUUUCAGGUUAAGAACGGACCUCCGGAACGAAUUAUGUACCCGAGGUACCACUGUACAGUAUUUUCCGCUCUACAAGACGCACCUGACCGUAAGACACACCUAGUUUUUAGAGGAGGAAAACAAGAAAAAAAAUAUUGUGAAUCAAAUGUUGUUGAAGAGGCUUUGCAAGAGUUCUGGCUUCAGCGAUAGCUGUGCAGCCUGCAUUCGCUCCAUAACACGCACACACAUUUCCCCUUACUUUUUAGGAGGGAAAAAGUGUGUCUUAUACAGCAAAAAAUACGGUAUAUGUAAGGUAAAAGUAAAGGGACCCCUGACCAUUAGGUCCAGUCGCGACCGACUCUGGGGUUGCGGCGCUCAUCUCGCUUUAUUGGCCGAGGGAGCCGGCCUACAGCUUCCGGGUCCUGUGGCCAGCAUGACUAAGCCGCUUCUGGCGAACCAGAGCAGUGCACGGAAACGCCGUUUACCUUCCCACCGGAGCGGUACCUAUUUAUCUACUUGCACUGGUGUGCUUUCGAACUGCUAGGUUGGCAGGAGCAGGGACCGAGCAACGGGAGCUCACCCCAUCGCGGGGAUUCGAACCGCUGACCUUUUGAUCGGCAAGUCCUAGGCUCUGUGGUCUAACCCACAGCGCCACCCGCAUCCCUCAAUCAUUAUACGUACGUCCACUGAAUUCAAGAUGUUUUGUUAUGCCUUUUACGUUUUGUUGGAAGCUGCCCAGAGUGGUUGGGGGUAGCCCAGUCAGAUGGGCGGGGUACAAUAUUAUUAUUAUUAUUAUUAUUAUUGCCUCCAAUACACAUGUGUCUCAAGGCAAUCUGCAAAAUGCAAUGAGAACAGUUUGAAAGCAACACUGAAAAUAACAUCCGAUAAGUUUCGAGUCGUGUGGACUAGGCUAAGCUGGGAAAGCUUGUCACUCGAAUAUAGUGAGAAUUUAAGAACAUAAAAGAAAGGGCUUCCUCCCUAGGCGUGGAGUUCCAUAGAUUAACUAUGUGUUGCAUUAAAAGGUGCUUUCUUUUCUGUGCCCUCAAUCUCCCAACAUUCAACGUCACUGGAGUUCCAGGGUUAUGAGAGGAAAACUUUUCUUUAUCCAUUUCCACACACCCCAUCACAUAAUUUUAUAAUUUUCUGUAGGGAAAUUUUAUAAUUUUAUAAAUUUAUAAUUUUCUGUCAUGUCGCCUCUCACUCACCUGGCGUUUGAAACCCUUUCCCCUUGCUCAUUUCGGUUCUCCUUUUCCCCGAACCUUUUCCAACUUUGCAUUAUUGGUUUCCGAGGUUUCUGGUCGAACUAGUCCUGAGAAGAAGAAAAAGGCAGGGUUUUUUGCUCCAUUUUUCUCUCGGUUUGAAGGUGACCUCUCACCUUCAGGCCUAGAGAGAGAGAGAGAAAGGUGAGGAGGAAGUUGUAAAAAAACACUGCAACCUGAGACGUAUCUGUCUGUAAACAACAAAGAGAUGGAGGGAGAAAUCAUCAUAAAGAUACAGUGGUACCUCGGGUUAAGUACUUAAUUCGUUCUGGAGGUCUGUUCUUAACCUGAAACUGUUCUUAACCUGAAGCACCACUUUAGCUAAUGGGGCCUCCUGCUGCUGCCGCGCUGCAGGAGCACGGUUUCUGUUCUUAUCCUGAAGCAAAGUUCUUAACCUGAAGCACUAUUUCUGGGUUAGCGGAAUCUGUAACCUGAAGCGUAUGUAACCCGAGGUACCACUGUACAGUAUCUUGGUUCUCAAACUUAAUCCGUUCCGGAGGUCCGUUCCAAAACCAAAGCGUUCCAAAACCAAGGCGCGCUUUCCCAUAGAAAGUCAUGCAAAACGAAUCAAUCCUCUCCAGACUUUUAAAAACAACCCCAAAACAGAACUUUAACAUGAAUUUUACUAUUCUAAUGGAUCCAUAAAACAUGGGUCCAUAAAACGAAAGCAAUAGUCAAUGUACUGUACUAUAAAAUAAAUAAGACAGUAUCGUAGAUGAUACAAAUUAAAAUUACAUUUGUUUUUCUUACCUGCACUGAUGAUAGUCCUUGUUUGGAUGGGGGGCUUUUAUCCAUUUCCACAGUCACACCAUCCAUCCAUCAGUAGCUGAACUGGGUUCCACGCAGUCACAAAAAACCAAUGAACCGAAAAAGCCUCAAAAACAAAAAUGCAAAAUAAAGAGCAAAAACAAAAGCGCCAAACUUAAUCCGUUCCGGAAGUCCGUUUGACUUCCAGAAUAUUUGAAAACCAAGGCACGGCUUCUGAUUGGUGCAGGCGCCCUGGAAACAAUAGCCGACAGCCGUAUUGGACCUUCAGCAUCCGAAAAACGUUCGAAAACCGGAACACUUAUUUCCGGGUUUUUGGCAUUUGGGAAGCAAGGUACCACUGUAUAGGGAUAACCUGGGACUCUGGAGGUUUCUUAAUUCCAUCUUUGUGAACCGUCUUCUGAACACAAAGUUUGCAACAUGGGUGGUGGGUGCUUUGGAGUGCAGAUUUGGGGUGCCGUGGAUAGCGGGGUGAAGAUGCUCUGGGUGGCAGCUAGAAUAAUAACAAUAAUAAUUUUAUUUAAUGGCAACCAUUGGGCUAGAGUUCUAUGAGGAUUACCAAAGGAGGGGGUCAGACCGAGUCCAAACCAAAGGCCAGGGCAUGCUUCUGGGCAUGUGCAAAGUGCGUUUUCCCUCAAACGUGGGGUUUCGCUUAUGCUCACGUGCGCGACAUCAGGACGUCAAAAUAUCACACGCAUAAGUAAAUAAAUGUUUAUUUAUACCCCUCACUCGCCGGCAGGACUCACAGCGGCUAACACCAAAUAUGAAUUACAAUAAAACGUAAUAGAAAAACAACAACAACCACCAAACAGUUAAUUAAAAUAUGGCUUAAAAUACAGCUUAAAAUGCAGCCUCAUUUUAGUAAAGGUAAAGGGACCCCUGACCAUUAGGUCCAGUCGUGGCCGACUCUGGGGUUGCGCCUCAUCUCACUUUACAGGCCGAGGGAGCCGGCCUACAGCUUCCAGGUCAUGUGGCCAGCAGGACUAAGCCGCUUCUGGCGAACCAGAGCAGUGCACGGAAACGCCGUGUACCUUCCCACCGGAGUGGUACCUAUUUAUCUACUUGCACUUUGACAUGCUUUCGAACUGCUAGGUUGGCAGGAGCAGGGACCGAGCAACGGGAGCUCACCCCAUCGCGGGGAUUCGAACCGCCAACCUUCUGAUCGGCAAGUCCUAGGCUCUGUGGUUUAACCCACAGUGCCAGUAGUAGCGAUAAAUCAAGACCAUAAAGGGAGGAAACAUCAGAUAUUCACCCGAGCCAGCUAUCCAUGCUGGUCCUACAUGUCUCAGCAAAAAAGCCAAGGGAGAAUUUAUAUACCAAAUCCCAUAUAAGGGGUCGUCAGAGUGAGUCUAAGCGGAAGGCCAGGCGGAUCAGCUCCGUCUUGCAGGCCCUGUGGAAAGAUGUCAAAUCCUGCAGGGCCCCCCAAGUCGGGGCUAGUACUGAAAAGGCCCUGUUCCUAGUUGCGACCAAUCUAACCACCUUGCAACUUGGGACCUGCAAAAUGUUGUCAUUUGGGGACCUCUCCGUGGGGCGUACCAGGAGAGGCGGUCCCGUAGGUACGUGGGUCCUAGGAAUCCAGCUGCAAGCUGGGAAAAGGGAUCCAUCACUCAUUUUUUCUCUCCCUGUCGUUUCCCAGGAAGGAGAGGAAGAUUCGGGGAGUGGGAUAACCUUCACCUUAAUCUUGUCCGUCUUCACGGCCGUGUUGGGGUCUCUGCAGUUUGGAUACAACGUCGGAGUCAUCAACGCGCCGCAAGAGGUUUGUUGGGGGGUGUUCCCCUGGAAGGAGAGAGGGUCAGACCCCCAAGGCUGUCUGGGGAGAAAAGAGAGGGGUGGUCCCAGUCAUCUGGAGGGCAGCAAGUUGGGGAAGGCUGAGAGAAUGGUAGAUAAUUCUGUUUUUUAAGUAUAUUAUUGGGUAUGAAAGGACAGGAAAUUACAGAGUGAAUCAAUAGUGUGUUGCUGUUAUUAUUAAUUUCAUAGAUAGAUAGAUAGAUAGAUAGAUAGAUAUAGGUAGAUAGAUAGAUAGACACAUACACACACACAAACACACACUCUUUUAUUAAUUUUUUUAACAUAUCAGUUUCAACAGUCAUACAACAUAACUUCUCAUCUUACACAAUAUUUUGGACUUCCAUCAACACCUCUGAUGAUUUUCCGUUCUUUAUCACUUAUUCCGCAUGUCUUACUUUCUGUAUUACAUAUAAUUACCCUUAACUAAUAGUUCUCUUCAUGGUCUAUAUUUCAAAUAAUCCACUUUACAAAACUUCUUGCAGUCCUGCUAGCGUAAUCUGUUCAUCGCAGUUACUUUUCCAAUAGUUCAUAGAUUCACUCCAGUCUUCUAAGAAUCUCUGAUCCCGCCUGUUUAGAAUCCUUCCUGUUAACUUAUCUAAUUCUGCGUAUUAUUAUUAAUUUCUAGGCACUGUACAAAUAUAUUUUUAAAAAUCAAAGCAGCCCCAUUUUGUGUUACAGUGGAACCUUGGUUUUCGAACAUCUCGGCAGCCGAACGAUUCGGAAACCGAACGCUGGAAAUCCGGAAGUAACUGCUCCGGUUUUCAAAUGAUUUUCGGAAGCCGAACGUGCUACAGGCAUCCGUUUUGAGUUUCCCUAUUGUACUGAGGCUUCCGUUUUCAAUUUUCGGACGUUUCGGAAGUCGAACGGUCUUCUGGAACGGAUUACUUUCAAAAACCGGGACUCAGCCGUGUAAGAAUUUGCAUUAAACAUUCUUCCGAAUGUUUUUUUAAAUAUCUUUCUCGGACUGCUUUUUAUCGACAAUUUUAAUUUGUGGUUUUUGUAAGCAACUGAGGUUGCUCCUUUUUUUUUGUACAAUCGAGCGGUAUAUGGAUUUUCUUAAAUGAAAAAAUUAAAUGUUUUCUCUUAAAUGAAGUGACAAAACAAUUCGGAACAGAAGGCAAUGCCUGCUACGGAGUCAGACCAGUAGUCCGCCAAACCCAGUAUUGUCCACACCAGCCCCUCUCCACCAGGUAUUGUUGGACUACAACUCCCAUCAUCCACUGGGCCUGCUAGUUAGGGAUGAUGGGAGUUGUAGUCUAGCGACACCUAGGGAAAGGCGGCGUUCCCAACCCUAAAUCCCAAGGCUCUAAACCCGAGAUGUUCUGCAUGCCAAAUAGCCGCUCUGUCCACGAACUAUUAUAGUAAUCUAAAGAAUUCACUGCGGAUUAUUGAUACGGUUUGGUUUGCUCUGAUAAACUUAAUAAAUAGAAAACCAGGCCCUGCCUUCGUACUCGCAAUUUAAGAUACACAAUAGAAAAGAGUUAAAGGUUGAGAGAGGAGAAUCAGCAAUGUUGGCCGCCUGUGUGUGGUUGUGCGCUUGUGGCUCCCGCAACACAAAUCAGGGUAUUUUAAACACACUUUAAUAAAUAAAUUGUGAAACUAUUAUUAUAAUAAUUUAUAUACAGUACUGGCAAAGCGAACAUGUUUAAUUAGAGAAAAACCAUCAUCGACAUUUGCGAAGGACUAAAAAUUUCUCUCUUUUUGCAUGAAAGAGAAAACGAACUUGUAAUAUUGGGGUGUGAAGAGAUCGGGAAAAAAUACUGGUUUGUAGAAGUUAGAAUGGUUGAUGGAAUGAAGUUUCAGGACAGAGAGCUGGAAGUCAUUUUCCUCUCUUCUAUCUUUCUGUAGUUUUUCCCUUCCUUUCUCUUUUCUCUCCCUUUCUCUUUAGGAACCUCCUUUUCUUGCUUCCCCCCAUCUUCCUGACUUUGUUCUUUCUUUGGACUUAAGUAGCUAUCUUACCUUAGUAUAUUGUAGAAAGAUGCUCUGUGAUGGGUCGGCGUUUUUGUAUAUGAAUGAUAAAUAAAUAACUUUUUAUUUAUUUAACUUAUUUAUUAUUGUUGUUGUUAUUAAUAAGUUAUUUAUUUAUCAUUCAUAGAUAAACAAAAACACUAUAAGUUAAUAAGUUAAAUAUUAUUUACUUAACUUAUUUAUUAUUAAUAAUAAGUUAUUUAUUUAUCAUUCAUAGAUAUACAAAAAUGCCGACCCAUUACAGAGUAAUAAUAUUAAUAAUAAUAAAAAUAAUAAAGUAAGCUUCUAUUCUGCCCUCCAUCUGAAGACCGCAGAUCGGUUUACGAUAUAAGAGGGGUUUUUCGCUACUCACCCCGUUUUCCUUCCUGCUUCGCUCAGAUAAUCGAACAGAACUACAAUGCCACCUGGCUACACCGAAAUGGGGAGCACAUCAACCCCAACACCCUCAAAACGCUCUGGUCCCUGUCGGUCGCCAUUUUUUCCAUCGGCGGAAUGAUCUCUGCCUUCAUGGUGGGCGUUGUCUCGGAAUGGCUCGGCAGGUAAGACCGCUCCGUGCGAAGCCGCAACAAAGCACCGUAUUUUUCGCUCCAUAGGACGCACUUUUUUCUUCCUAAAAAGUAAGGGGAAAUGUCUGUGCGUCUUAUGGAGCGAAUGGGUGGGUCCCUGGAGCCGAAUUGCCCAGGGGCAAAAAGCAGCUCAUUUUUUGAAAGAGGGAAGGGGGUGUUGAAACAAAGCCGCUGAUCGUUUGCUGAUCGGGGAGAGAGAUAAGGGAUGCUAGAGGUAAAGGAGACUGCCUGGGAGAGGGGAGGUAAAGACAGCCAACUUGCAAAGGGUGGAAACAGGAAGACCAAAGCAAUAAGGAGAGAAAUUAGAAGGAAAGGAGGAGCAAAAAACUGCUCCAGCUAAGGGAAAGACACUAAGGCAAACAAGAGGGAAUGGAGUGUUGAAAGGAAGCAGCUGAUCAGCAAGCGAUCGGGAAGAGAGAUAAGGGACGCUAGCAAUAAAGGAGGCUGCCUGGGAGGGAGGAGGUAAAAGCCCGUGGAUCCUCAGGAUUUUUGCAUUGAGCCACCCCAAAUUCACCAUCAGAUCACAUAGCAUGUCCGUGGCUACAGCCUGCACUAAAAGAAUCACGCACCCACUGCAGCCUGGGGCCGCAAUGGUGCAAAAAUGUGGUUACAAAGCACGGAUCCACAUGGAUUCUCAGUAUUUUUGCAUUGGGUCACCCCAAAUUCACCAUCAGAUCACAUGUCUGUGGCCACAGCUUGAACCACAAAAAUCAUACAUCCAUUGUUUUGUUCAGAAUAUUUUUUUCUUGUUUUCCUCCUCUAAAAACUAGGUGCGUCUAAUGGAGCGAAAACUACGGUACCUGUAGAAGGUUCCUCUGAACAUGUGCAGAACGCCCAUCCCUGGGCAAACUACAACCAGGGUGGAUUUGAUUUAAAUCAAAUUAAUAAUAAUAAUAAUAAUAAUAAUAAUAAUAAUAAUAAAUUUUAAUUUAUACCCUGCCCUUCCCGGUUCAGAAAACCGGGCUCAGGGCAGCUAACAACAAAUUUAAUUGAUGCAACAAAAAAUCAGCUUAAAAUACAGUAUAAAACGUGAAUAACAAUAAAUUCCGAAUUCAAAAAUCAGUUUAGGGGGGAAAUCCAUCCAAUAAACAUUAGAUGAUCACCAGGACUGGCUGGCUGAAUUAGUCCUAUUUGGGCCAGCGAGGAGACCAGGAGAGAAUUAGCUGUGGGAUCCCAGAGCGGGCAAUCUUCAUAAAAAGGGGAAGGUGAAUAAAAGAUCAUGCUAAGUUCAAAUUGAAAGCCAGGCGGAAUAGCUGUCUUUAAAUCACAAUUUAACUCACUAGUCAGUAAGACUUGAUUUAAAUCACUAAUUGGUAAGACUUGGUUUAAAUCAUUUUUUUUACAGAAAGACUCAUUUUUGUUGCUAUACUCUUAAUAUUUACCAACCAGAUGAAGGUUUCAUUUUCGGAAUAAUAAAUUUUCAGAGUAGUUUUUACAGUUGUAUCAAAAAUUGCUGAUGUGGUUAUAUACUAUUAGAAAUACAUAGACAGAUAAUUAUGAAAUUAUUGUGAGGUUUAAUAAGUGAACUGUUUAUAUUUGGACAACUUUUCUGCUGUGCAUUAUUGGAAGGAGAAAAAUAAUCAUUCCCUUAAUAACAAUUAAAACAAUUUAUUUAACUAAAGCAAUAACAUUGUAGCAUACGUAUCCAUGUUUGUUAACUGAUGUGGUUAAACUUUUUUUAAAAAAAAACAACACACCUUAGACUUAGUUUUAGCACACAUGAAAAAAUAAAAUAACGUUAUAGCAUAUAAAUAAAAUAAUGUUAUAGCAUAUGUAUCCAUGUUUGUUAACUGAUGUGGUUAAACGAUUUUUUAAAAAACAACAUAGACUGAGUUUUAGUACACAUGAGAAACUUAAAACAAAUCCUUAUUUCCUGAUCAAUAGCCUUUGGACUAUAAUGUAACUUAAAUAGAAAACUACCUUUAGAAAGUUUUUUCCUCCAAAAGCUUUUUAUUUUAAAAAAUCCAAUUUAAAUUUUAAAAAAUCGUGUGUUUUUUUAAAAAAAAACAUUGGUUUUUGUCCACCCUGACUACAACCAAUCACUCCAAAUUGAUCGAGGAUUAGGCAAAUUGCCAAUAUUGGGCAGUGUUUGUGAGCAUGUAAUAACCGUAUGAGGGGACAUGACUGGCGCUGUGGGUUAAACCACAGAGCCUAGGACUAGCCGAUCAGAAGGUCGGCGGUUCGAAUCCCCGCAAUGACGGGGUGAGCUCCCGUUGCUCGGUCCCUGCUCCUGCCAACCUAGCAGUUCAAAAGCACGUCAAAGUGCAAGUAGAUAAAGAGAUACCUCUCCGGCGGGAAGGUAAACGGCGUUUCCGUGCGCUGCUCUGGUUCGCCAGAAGCGGCUUAGUCAUGCUGGCCACAGGACCCGGAAGCUGUACGCCGGCUCCCUCGGCCAGCAAAGCGAGAUGAGCGCCGCAACCCCAGAGUCGGCCACGACUGGACCUAAUGGUCAGGGGUCCUUUUACCCUUUACCUUUAAUAACCGUAUGACCGGCAGUAAUUCAACAGGUGAAGCUUUGUCACUGCUUGCCUAUGUUGGAAGAGGUGGCCCCUGUCGAGUUGCCGUCUGCUAUAGAGCAACACAGGAGCCAGCCCAGAAAUAAGAACAAAGUAGACUUAAUAGUUAUUUGCAAGGUCACCUUACCCAUAAAAGCAUGCUUGUCCACUUUGUUCUGCAGAAAUGGCGCUCUUACAGGUGCCACAUAAUAUUUGUUCUGUUCUGGGAAGAAAUCAGGUAUUUUAGUGUAGCAGCGCUUAGACUUUGGAACUCCCUGCCUCUUGAUGACAGGCAAACACCUUUGCUGUACCCUUCUUGGCACCUGCUUAAAACCUUUUCACUUAGGUAAACCUUUCCAGAAAUAUGUACUGUAUUUUUUGCUCUAUAAGACUCUCUUUUUCCCUCCUAAAAGUAAGGGGAAAUGUGUGUGCAUCUUAUGGAGCGAAUGCAGGCUGCGCAGCUAUCCCAGACGCCAGAACAGCAAGAGGGAUUGCUACUUUCACUGCGCAGCGAUCCCUCUUGCUGUUCUGGCUUCUGAGAUUCAGAAUAUUUUGUUUCUUGUUUUCCUCCUCCAAAAACUAGGUGCGUCUUAUGGUCUGGUGCGUCUUAUAGAGCGAAAAAUACGGUGCACUGAUGUGUUUUGAUCUCUCUUUUGUCUGCUGUUGAUCCUUUUAAUCUUGUAAGUGUUUUAAACUGUUUUUAAAUCCCUGUGGAAUGCCAUAAACAACCAUCUGACUUUUAGAAGACAUCUGAAGGCAGCCCUGUUUAGGGAAGCUUUUAAUGUUUAACAGACUACUGUAUUUUAAAACUUUGUUGGAAGCUGCCCAGAGUGGCUGGGGAAACCUAGCCAGAUAUGCGGAGUAUAAAUAAUAAAUUAUUAUUAUUAUUAUUAUUAGCCACAGAUAGCCCUCUCCGCCGCCGUGAAUUUGCCAAGUCCUCACCAUCAUCUUAAUUGAUCGUUUUAAUAUUUCUUGUAAACCUGCUUCAAUGUUUCAGGACAUAAAUUUUGCCAGAAAGUAACCAGCAAAUAGCUAAGAAGUCUUCUCAGAAAAUGGGAUUUAUAUACCGCUGGAUGGUCCAAAAACCUCUAAGCGGUUGACAAUAAAUACGUAAACUCUAUUUCUUUAUUAUAUCGAUAGCCUUAAUACUUCUCGUAACCUGCUUCGAGGUUUCACGACAACCAAGUAAAUCUCGUUAGUCAACACAUAAAUAGGAAUUAUUAUCAGAAAACGGCAUUUGUACUCCAGUUGGCCUCUAUAAAUAUGAAAGUUAGAAAUAAAAGCGGUGGAAACCGUUUAAACGAUAAAUUAAAACCAACAGUAGGCUGAAGAGAGAUUAAAACAGGUCAUCGUUGACGUGUCCAGAUUGGCUUGCCUGAACAAAAAAUGCUUUCAGCGAGCGGUUAAGACCUGUAUAAACUUAACUUUGAUUUUACGCUCCUGCAGGUUGUGCCUUCAGAGGCUAUUUGCAAGCUGCAACUUGGAGCUGGGAUUUUAAUCCCUCGUUUCUUGCGGCGAACGCGUAAUCGUUUCUUCUUCUACAGCAGAGGAGCCUUGCCUGCGGUGCGUGGGCCGGAUCCAGCCCUACACGCUGUGGCAAAAAGACUUGCCAGCCUUCGCUCUUUAUCUCAUGAUCUGAACGUUAGGGAGGGAUGUCUAAAGGGCAAGAUUAUCUCCCGGCACUGAUAAUCCGGAGAUAAAAUAUUGCUUGAGCAGCUCUUUAGAGAUCCUCUCUAGACAGCGGCCUGAGGAUGGGGAGGGGGGCAGCGCAGCGCAGCACAGAAUUAACCUGUGGAACUACCCGCCACAGGACCCGUGAUGGCCAACAACUUGGAUGGUUUUAAAAGAGGAUUGGGCCAAUUCAUGGAAGGGGAGAGGACUCUCCAGAUCUGCUAGGCAAUAUGGCUAUGCUCCAACUCAAUGGUGUAACGCUGGAAAAUGUCAAUCACUUCUCCUUCCUGGGCAGUUAUCUUUCCACAAGGGCCGACACUGAUGCCAAAAUCCAGCAUCGCCUGAGCUCUGUGAGUGCAAUUUUCUCCCGAUUGAAGUGCAGAGCGUUUGAGGACCGGGACAUUCGCAGGGAAACCAAAAUGCUUGUUUACAAAGCUAUUGCACUGCCAAUUUUACAGUGUGAAAUAUGGACCAUUUAUAAAUGCCAUCUUCAACUCCUCGAAAGAUUCCAUCAGCGGUGUCUCCGAAAAAUUUUUCACAUCACUUGGGAAGACAGGCAAACUAAUAUCAGUGUACUAGAAGAAGCAAAGAUCACCAGUGCUGAAGCGAUGAUUCUUCAACGUCAACUUCGUUGGACUGGUCAUGUUGUGCGGAUGCCUGAUGAUCGCCUUCCAAAGCAACUACUCUAUUCCGAACUUAAAAAUGGAAAGCGUAAUGCUGGUGGUCAACAAAAGAGGUUUAAAGACUCUCUCAAGGCAAAUCUGGAAAAAUGUAGUAUAAACACCAACAAUUGGAAACACUGGCCUGCGAGUGCUCCAGUUGGAGAACAGCCUUUACCAAAGGUGUCGUGGGCUUUGAAGACACUCGAACUCAGGAUGUAAGGGAGAAAGUUGCUAGGAGGAAGGUACGCUUGGCAAACCCUCACUGGGAUCAACUCCCGCCCAGAAACCAAUGUCCCCACUGUGGAAGGACGUGUGGAUCCAGAAUUGGCCUCCACAGUCACUUACGGACUCAUUGUUAAAACUGUGUUUAUGGAGGACAAUCUUACUCGGCUACGAGGGAUCGUCAGAGAAGAUGCCUCUGACAGUGGCAACAGAACAUAGCCAUUGUGGUCUCCGUGAAUUUGCCCAAUUCUCUUUUAAAGUCACCCAGGUUGGUUGCCAUUGCUGCCUCCUGUGGCAAGGAGUUCCGCAGGUUAAUGCCGCGCUCUGUGAAGAAAGACUUUCUUUUAUCUGAAUCUUCCACAGCUUUGUUGAAUGUCCUCAAGUUCUGGUGCUCUGAGAAGGAGGAGGAAAACGCUCUCUCUAUGCCACGCAUAGUUUUAUAAACGUCUAAUCUCGUCGCCUCUUCCUCGCCUUUCCUCUAAACUAAAAAAAUAAUAAUUCUUCAACGCUGCAACCUUUCUUCAUAGCAGAGUCGCUCCAUCCCCUUGACCAAUCUCUAAGGGGAUUUGAGUCGUAAGUCGGUGCAGUGCUUAGUGUGUCAGGCUAGGUUCUGCGGGACCUGGGUUCGAAUCCUGACUCAGCCACGAAAGUUCACUGGGUGACCUUGAGAUUCAGUUGCUGCCUCUCAGCCUAAUCUACCUCGCAAGGUUGUCACGAGAUGAGGUGUGGGGGAUAUGAUUGUAAUAAAUAAAUAAAUGAAACGCUGUAUUAAAUUCUUCGAAACAAAACUAGCCGAACAACAACAACAGACGCUUUCGUUUCCUCUGUGGUUUUUAGGAAGAGGGCGAUGAUUGUGAACAAUGGCUUGGCUUUCCUCGGCGGCGGAUUCAUGGGGCUGGCCAAACUCGGCAAAUCCUACGAGAUGAUGAUUAUCGGACGGUUCCUGAUUGGGGCUUUCUCAGGUAAGGAAGCGGGUUGGGAUAGAUGACCUUUGGGGGGCUCCCGUCUAACAAUUCUAUGAAAGGACACACAGGUUUUGAACAAGUGAUGCUAGUGGGAAUAGAGAAGAAAACCUGGAUAUAUUUUUGUCAGUGGGGCCAGGCAAAAAUGUUUCUCUGUAACCUGUCCUUUGGCUGGUUAUUCGUUUAAUUGUGUUUGUGGAAGGGGAUUUAUUGGUUUGCUUUUGUUUCAUUACAUAUUUUGCGUUCCCACCUCGUGUUUUUAUGCGGCCAAUCGCCCUGCGACCUUCGGAUCUUCUACAUCUCAGGUCUCGAUUAAAAUUGCUGCGCUGGGUUAUACAGGAAGACUCAUUCUUGCUGGUCUAGUCUCAAUAUUUACAACCAGAUGAAGGUUUCAUUUUUGGAAUAAUACAUUUUCAGAGCAGUUUUAUCAAAAAUCACUAAUUUGGCUCUACUAUUAGAAAUACAUAGGCAGAUAAUGAUGAAAUUAUUGUGAGGUUUAAUAAGUGAACUGUUUAUAUUUGGACAACUUUUCUGCUGUACUUUAUUAGGAGGAGAAAAAGAACAAUUUCCUUAAUAACAAUUUAAACAAUUUGUUUAACUGAAACAAUAGCAUUAUUGCCUAUGUAUCCAUGUUUGUUAACUGCUGUGGUUAAACUUUUUUUUAAAAAAAAAACUUAGACUGAGUUUUAGCACACAUGAAAAACUUAAAACAAAUCCUUAUUUCCUGAUGAAUAGCCUUUGGAUGAUAAUGUAACUUAAACAGAAAACUAUCUUUAGAAAGAUUUUUCUCCGAAAGCAUUUUAUUUUAAAAAUCCGAUUUAAAUUUUAAAAAAUCCAAUUUAAAUUUUAAAAAUCCGAUUUAAAUUUUUUUAAAAAUCCGAUUUCUUUGAUUUAAAAAAUAAUAAUAAUUGAUUUUUAUCCACCCUGAACUGGAGCAUCAUUCAUUUCAUGGUAGACCCACCCCUGGGAGAAAUUAGCCUACAAAAGUCUACGAUUAAGUUUGCUCUGCCCCCUUUGGACUCUGGCUCCACCCACCAUGGCCAUGUGGUUCCCUGGGACUCGAAAAAGCUUCACCAAAGCGACUCCUGGUUUGUUCCCUGUGUGACUCAGCCGGAAAUCAUCCUCUGCGGCUGGACGUAACGUGACAAACUCCCAGACUUAGAGAGGGAACAUUUGAGUAACGGCCGCAGCAGACGAGAAUCUUGGAUGAACCUUUGGACUGAAGAGUCAUCACUACCCGUCAGCAAGGCUGGAUACGUGCCCAGGGACACGGUGCCAAGGCAGAACUGCGUCUUGUGAAGAAUAAAAGGCGGCCCUUCCUUUCCCACCCUGUUUUGGGGCUUCCUGGAGUCAUCUGUGGAAGGAAGCCGGGCUCAUUUAGCAAGAGGAAGAAAAGGCAUUCUCUGUUUGCCUGGACAGUCUUGCCAGAGUGGCGCAUGCUCUGGUUAUCUCCUGCUUGGACUACUGCCAUGCGCUCUAUGUGGGGCUACCUUUGAAGGUGACCUGGAAGCUACAACUAAUCCAGAAUGCGGCAGCUAGACUGGUGACUGGGAGCGGCCACCGGGACCAUAUAACACCGGUCUUGAAAGACCUACACUGGCUCCCAGUACGUUUCCAAGCACAAUUCAAAGUGUUGGUGCUGACCUUGAAAGCCCUAAAUGGCCUCGGUCCUGUAUACAGUGGACGCUCAGGUUGCGAACGUGAUCCAUGCAGGAUGCACAUUCGCGACAGCGCCUCUGCGCAUGCGCGGGUUGCGAUUCGGCGCUUCUGCACAUGCGCAAAGCUCGAUUUAGCGCUUCUGCGCAUGCGCGACCGCCGAAACCCAGAGGUGACCCACUUCAGUACUUCUGGGUUUCGGCGCAUCCAUAUCCCAAACACGCACAACUUGAAGCGUCUGUAACCCGAGGCAUGACUAUAAUCCAGAACGCGGCAGCCAGACUGGGGACUGGGAGCGGCCGCCGAGACCACAUACCACCGUUCCAGAAAGACCUACAUUGGUUCCCAGGACGUUUCUGAGCACAAUUCAAAGUGUUGGUGCUGACCUUGAAAGCCCUAAACAGCCUCAAACCUGAAGGAGCGUCUCCACCCCCAUCGUUCUGCCCGGACACUGAGGUCCAGCACCGAGGGCCUUUUGGCAGUUCCCUCCCUACGAGAAGUGAGGUUACAGGGAACCAGGCAGAGGGCCUUCUCGGUGGUGGCGCCCGCCCUGUGGAACGCCCUCCCACCAGAUGUCCAGGAAAUAAGCAUCUGACUUUUAGAAGACAUCUGAAGGCAGCCCUGUUUAGGGAAGUUUUGAAUGUUUGAUGCAUUACUGUAUUUUAAUAUUUUGCUGGAAGCCGCCCAGAGUGGCUGGGAAACCCAGCCAGAUGGGCGGGGAAUAAAUAAAUUAUUAUUAGUAUUCCAGUUCUGUGAUUCUUCUGAUGGCAGCUCCUGUUUUGUCGCAUUCUUCUGGCUGUUUCCCAGACUGAUCCUAUGUUUCCUUCCAUGCCAGGAUUUGCUUCGGGUCUGGUGCCCAUGUACGUGGGCGAAAUCUCCCCCACCAACCUUCGCGGGGCGCUGGGCACACUGAAUCAGUUGGCCAUCGUCACUGGCAUUCUCAUUGCCCAGGUAAAGAACAAUUCCCCCCUCUCUCCCUCACACACACAAGUAGCGUAGAAUCCUAGGACUGUCGAGCGGGAAGGGACCUCGGGUCAUCUAGCCCAACCCCAACAGUGCGGAAACCACCAUUGGCCAGAUUCUAGGGAAAUGAGAGGGCUCUGUUAAUGGGAUUAAUCCAUUCCAGACUUUGGAAAACAACCCCUAAAACAGAAGUUUAACAUGAAUUUUGCUAUCUAACGAGACCAUUGAUCCAUAAAAUGAAAGCAAAAAAGCAAUGUACUGCAGUCACACAAUCAGUCAGUCGGUAGCUGAACUGGGUUCCACACAGUCACAAGAACAACAGCAACAAAAAAAGCCACAAAAACAAAUAUGCAAAAUAACAGACAGACCUCAGCGCAACACUCAAAACGGAAGUGUGGCACUCAAAGCAGAGCUUGUUCGGCUUCCGAAAAAAGUUCGCAAACCGGAACACUUACUUCCUGGUUUGCAGUGAUUGGGUUCCAAGUUGUUUGAGUACCAAGGCGUUUGAGAACCAAGGUACCACUGUAAUCUCUUUGUUGAGUUUUCUGAUGCAGUGACAGACUAUACAGGGUUUUUAUUUUUAUUUUUAUUUUUAUUUUUAUUUUUAUUUAUACCCCACCCUCCCCAGCCAGAGCCAGGCUUGGGGUAGCUAACACCAAUAAAGUCACAGUAAAAACAUAAUAUGGGGGAAAGAGAAGGGAAAAACAAACAAACAAACAAAACCAAUUUAAAAUACAGCUGAAAGUGCAAUUUAAAAUGCAGGCUCAUUUUAAAGUAGCUGAUUAAUCAAGACCAUAAGGGGAGGGAAACAUAAGGGUCAGACCGAGUGCAAACCAAAGGCCAGGUGGAACAGCUCCGUCUUGCAGGCCCUGCAGAAAGAUGUCAAGUCCCGCAGGGCCCUGGUCUCUUGGGACAGAGCGUUCCACCAAGUCGGGGCCAGUACUGAAAAGGCCCUGUCCGUAGUUGAGACCAAUCUAACCACCUUGCAACUUAGGACCUCCAAGGUGUUGUCAUUUGUGGACCUCUCCACAGGGCAUACCAGGAGAGGCGGCCCCAUAGGUACGUGGGUCCUAGGCCAGUGAUGGGGCAGACCCCAAUAUGAGGGUAAAAGGGACUGCAUGACCGCUGUCCGUUUCUUCUAACCCACGUUGGGUGACUGACACUUCCCCAGGCAAUCGGAGUACAAGUCAUGCCGGACGGGGGGCCUGUGAAAACCUUGCAGGAAGUUGUGGGGAGGUGGACAGACAGCUCCAGAGAGGGAUUUGCCUGCCAGACAGAACCUAUUUCUGCGCUGUGUUUGGGGAACUUGGCAGAAGACGCUGCCUGUCUCGUUUGGGCAAAAGGAAGAGGCCAGGUCUCUCCUCCAUGCUUGCCUGGCCUGGCAUUCAAAACAGAAAGGGGCGUCUCAGUUUUUGCAAUCCGCCCCAAGUCAUUGGAAUAGGGUGGGUUAGAAAAUAUAUUCAGUAUCUGCUCAUAGCUCAGAACUGAAAAAGCCUGGGGCAUUUAAGAAUAUGAGAACAUCCCUGCUGGAUCAGUCCAAUGGCCUGAUUAAUAAUAAUAAUAAUAAUAAUAAUAAUAAUAAUAAUAACAAUAAUUUCACAGAGGGAGAAGCAUAGCUAUCUUUGCUGGUGGGCACCGGUAGCCCUCUCCUCCUCUGUGAAGUUUUCCAGUCCUCUUAAAACUGUCCAAUUUGGUGGGCAUCACUUUUUCCUGUGGGAAGGAGUUCCGCAGUUUAACUAGGCAGUCGUACCUUGGAUCUCAAAUGCCUUGGUUUCCUCACAAAGUGGCUCCCGAACGAUCGAAACCCAGAAGUGAGUGUUCCCAUUUCCGAACGAUUUUCGGAAGCCAAAUGUCCGGCCCGGCUUCUGAUUGGCUUUGCAGGAGUUUCCUGCAGCCAAUCGGAAGCCGCGCUUUGGUUUCCGAACAUUUUGGAAUGGAAUCCAUUCGACUUCCGAGGUACGACUGUAUCUCUGUGUGGCCGCAAAAAGUAUGGGGUAUCGCAUUAUCGGGGGAAAUUGGCUAAGGAAAUGAAGGCUCAGGGGUCAGCAAACUUUUUCAGCAGGUCCACUGUCCCUCAGACCUUGUUGGGGGCCGGACUAUAUUUUGAAGGGGGGGAAAUUAACGAAUUCCGAUGCCCCACAAAUAACCCAGAGAUGCAUUUUAAAUAAAAGGACACAUUCUACUCAGGUAAAAACACACUGAUUCCCGGACUGCCCGCGAGCCGGAUUGAGAAGACGAUUGGGCCAGAUCCAGCCCCCGGGCCUUAGUUUGCCUACCCAUUAAGUGGUUCUCAACCUGUGGGUCCCCAGAUGUUGUCGGACUACAACUCCCAUCAUUCCUAGCCAGCAUGACUAGUGGUCAGGGAUGAUGGGCGUUGUAGUCCAACAACAUCUGGGGACCCACAGGUUGAGAACCAUUGCAUCUAGCUGAUGGCUUUGUGGAAAUCUGGUGCCCUGACAUUCUCUGUUGAAAAUUCAAAUGUUUGGCAUCGUCUGGAAUCAUGUUUACAACUACAGUGGUGGUAAUAAUAAUAAUAAUAAUAAUAAUAUAUAAUAAUUUAUUAUUUAUACCCCACCCAUCUGGCUGGGUUUCCCCAGCCACUCUGGGCGGCUUCCAACAAAAUACAGUGGUACCUCAGGUUACAUACGCUUCAGGUUACAUACGCUUCAGGUUACAGACUCCGCUAACCCAGAAAUAGUGCUUCAGGUGAAGAAUUUUGCUUCAGGAUGAGAACAGAAAUCGUGCUCCAGCGGCAGCAGGAGGCCCCAUUAGCUAAAGUGGUGCUUCAGGUUAAGAACAGUUUCAGGUUAAGAACGGACCUCCGGAACGAAUUAAGUACUUAACCUGAGGUACCACUGUAUGGCUAAAAACCUCCUUCCUGUGUUUUCUGUUCUGUCCAGAAUGGGGUGUGCUGGGAGGGCAUGUUCACUGGAAUCUGCAAAAUCUGUUUUGAAAAAUGAAUGCAAUGAGAAAUAUGUCAAGUGCCUAACUGGCUUUUUUGUGAAACAGGUGUUUGGUCUGGACAGUCUUCUAGGCACAAGUGAGCUGUGGCCGCUCUUGUUGGGUAUUUCCGUGGUGCCUUCCAUCCUCCAGCUCCUAAUGUUCCCCUUCUGUCCGGAGAGCCCACGAUAUCUCUACAUCAUCCGCAACAAGGAGUCCAAGGCCAAAGAAAGUGAGACCUCCCCGCUUCCUUUCCCUCUGCCUUUUCCCAUUCAUAGAAUCGUAGAAUUGUCGAGUUAGAGAGUUGUUGUUGUUUAGUCGUUUAUUUGUGUCCGACUCUUCGUGACCCCCUGGACCAUUCUCUUGGACCCAAACCUCUGUGUAUAUGGCAGCUAUCCAUCACCUCUGGGACUCCCAAAGGGAUUUGAAAUGGACACCCUUUUAGCAAAGAAUCUCCUUACGUUUCUUGAAUCGUGGAAUCAAUAAUUGUUGUUAUUGAGUCGUGUCCGACUCUUCAUGACCCCCUGGACCAGAGCACGCCAGGCACUCCUGUCUUCCACUGCCUCCCACAGUUUGGUCAAACUCAUGCUGGUCGCUUCGAGAACACUGUCCCACCAUCUCGUCCUCUGUCGCCCCCUUCUCCUUGUGCCCUCCAUCUUUCCCACCUUCAGGGUCUUUUCCAGGGAGUCUUCUCUUCUUAUGAGGUGGCCAAAGUCUUGGAGCCUCAGCUUCAGGAUCUGUCCUUCCAGUGAGCACUCAGGGCUGAUUUCCUUCAGAAUGGAGAGGUUUGAUCUUCUUGCAGUCCAUGGGACUCUCCAGAGUCUCCUCCAGCACCAUAAUUCAAAAGCAUCCAUUCUUCGGCGAUCAGCCUUCUUGAUGGUCCAGCUCUCACUUCCAUACAUCACUACUGGGAAAACCAGAGCUUUAACUAAACGGACCUUUGUUGGCAAGGUGAUGUCUCUGCUUUUUAAGAUGCUAUCUAGGUUUGUCAUUGCUUUUCUCCCAAGAAGCAGGCGUCUUUUAAUUUCAUGGCUGCUGUCAUCAUCUGCAGUGAUCAUGGAGCCCAAGAAAGUAAAAUCUCUCACUGCCUCCAUUUCUUCCCGAGUUAGAGAGGAAUCCCUACAAAGUUCUCUAGCUCAACCCCCGGCAAUGCAGGCUAAUUCACGUGACUACAACAUCGUUUUCUUUUCUUUUUAAAUAGAUUUAAUUUUUAAAAAAAUUGGGGGGAAAUACCAUGGUUACUGUCAGAUACCUUUUAAUCCAAACUGAAAAGUUAACCUAAAUCAAAACGCAGACCAGGAAUAAAAAAGGGGUGGGGAAGAUGAAGGGAAAAGAAAAAAAGGUAAGAAAGGAAAAAUAGAACUUCUGAUUUUUCAUCUGUCAGCUAUAAGCAGAAAAUUAUUCAACGCAUCCACUCCCAACAAAUCCACUUUCUAUAAACCUUAUCUUCAAUCUUCAAACACAGAUAUCAUAAGCCCAUUUUCUUUUUCAUGUAAAAAGCGUAUACAAUAAGAAGUUUCCAAUCUUUAGUGAAUGUUGGCGAUGGUUUUUCUCUGAUUAAACAUGUUAACUUUGCCAUCUCGGCUAGGUCCAAUAAUUUUAAACCAGCCAUUCCUGUAUGGUGGGUAAUGAUGGAUUUUCCCAUCUUUGUGUAUAUAAGUGUCUCACGGCUUGUAAUCAUAUACAGUGGUACCUCGGGUUACAUACGCUUCAGGUUACAUACGCUUCAGGUUACAGACUCCGCUAACCCAGAAAUAGUGCUUCAGGUUAAGAACUUUGCUUCAGGAUGAGAACAGAAAUUGUGCUCCGGCGGCGCAGCAGCAGCAGGAGGCCCCAUUAGCUAAAGUGGGUCUUCAGGUUAAGAACAGUUUCAGGUUAAGUACGGACUUCCGGAAUGAAUUAAGUACUUAACCCGAGGUACCACUGUAUCGAAAUAAAGUUCCAUAGUCUUUUUUUCUAAUUAUCUAGCCAUCAGUCCCAGCAGGAAGAGUUCUGGUUCCAGCCGACCAACUCUACAAUAUCCUUUACAAGGCAAGGAGACCCAGAAUUGCACACACAGUGCUCCAAAUACAGUUGGGCCAUAGAUUCGAAUCACGCCAUUGUUCGAUAUUGGCAGUUUUCUGUUCGAUCCCUCGCACGUAAUCGUCCUUUCUUCACGUCUGCCGCCCCCUGAGCCUCCUAUCUCUCUCGCUUCCUGUUCAACCUCCCCCCCAAACACACAGUGACGCCCCCUCUUCUUUCCCCCUCCAGGUCUCAAGCGGCUGACCGGCCAGGUGGAUGUGACCGCGGCUCUGACAGAGAUGAAGGAAGAGAAGCGGAGGAUGGAUUUGGAGCGCAAAGUCUCCAUCGCGCAGCUCUUCCGCUGCCGCAUCUACCGCCAGCCCCUGCUGAUCGCCGUGGUCUUGCAGCUAUCGCAGCAGCUCUCUGGCAUCAACGCGGUGAGUUUGCUGCAGGGGGAGGAAGAAUAAUAGAACUGUCGAGUUCUAAGGGACCCCGAGAUAUCAUCUAGUCCAGCCCCCCGCAAUGCUGGAGUCUCAGCUGAAGAAUCCCUGACACCCAACCUCUGCUCAAAAUUCUCCAACCAAGGAGAGCCCACAAACCUCCGAAUGAGUCCGUUCCGCCACCGAAUGGCUCUGACCGUGAGAAGGACGCGGGUGGCGCUGUGGUCUAAACCACAGAGCCUAGGACUUGCCGAUCGGAAGGUCGGCGGUUCGAAUCCCUGCGAUGGAGUGAGCUCCCGUUGCUCCAUCCCAGCUCCUGCCAACCUAGCAGUUCGAAAGCAUGCCAGUGCGAGUGGAGAAAUAGUUACAGUCAUACCUCGGGUUACAGACACUUCAGGUUGCAUUUUUUUGGGUUACGGACCCGCCGAAACCCGGAAAUACCAGAACAGGUUUCAGAGGCCACAGAUGCGCAGAAGUGCUAAAUUGUGCCUUGCGCAUGCGCAGAAGCGCCAAAUUGCAACCCGCGUGUGCACAGACGUGCUGCUGCGGCUUGCGAACGCUGUGGGUUGCAUCCUGCACGGAUCACGUUCGCAACCCGAACGCCCACUGUACUGCUGCGGCGGGAAGGUAAACGGCGUUUCCGUGUGCUCUAGUUUCCAUCACGGUGUCCUGUUGCACCAGAAGCGGUUUAGUCCUGCCGGCCGCAUGAGCCGGAAAGCUGUCUGCAGACAAACGCCGGCUCCCUCUGCCUGAAAGUGUGAUGAGCGCUGCAACCCCCUAGUCGCCUUUGACUGGACUUAACCGUCCAGGGGUCUUUUACCUUUUUUACCGUGAGAAAGUUCUUCCUGAGGUUUAGUCAGGAUCUCCUUUCUCGCGAUGGUUAAGAUCCUACCUUCUGGAGCAGGAGAAAACAAGUUUGCUUCGCUCCCCAUUCUCAAAGAGGGGGACAAUUGCCUCCCUCCAGUCUGCAAGGACCUCCCCAGUUCUCCAAGAAUUCUCAGGGAUUAUAGACAGAGGCUCUAAAAUGACACCCGCAAGCUCCUUUGGCACCCUUGGGUGCAGCUCAUCAGACCCUGGAGAUUUAAAGCAGCUAUUCCUUUAGCAUCUCUGUUCCUCUCUUGGGCUGUAGCUCCCUCCCUGCAUCACUCUAUACCAGACUGCUUUCGUUUUUGGGUGAAAAAAGAGACAAAGUAGGUGUUGAGCAGUUAAGGUGGUGUUGAAAAGGAGCAGGAAAGGAAGUGGAAUUUUUUUGUGGGGGGUGUUUGAUGGCUCUGAAGGGGGCAGAGUUGGUCCAGCCAUGAGGCAAGAUGUCUUGGGCAAGCCCUGCUGGGGGACACUGUCAUUUGACCGUUCUCUCUCUGUCCUCUUAGAUAUUCUAUUACUCAACCAACAUCUUCAAAAAGGCCGGCUUGGACAAACCCAUCUUCGCCACCAUCGGGGCUGGCGCCGUGAACACGGUGUUCACCGUUGUUUCGGUAAGAACCUCCCGUUGCUGUAUCCGUGCCUGGCAAUCUUUUAUUAUAAUUUUUUUUUUAAUUGACUUAAGAAAAUUAUACAGACAGCAAAACGAAGAAGCCUAAAUUAACACUGCCUUCUACCGAUAAGAAAUAAUAAUAACUAUUACAAUAAUGAAAAUACUAAAAAUACAUUUACUUCCCCUUUUGAACUUCUAUUCUGGUUACAAUAUAUUACUAUUCUAUAAGAAUCUAUUAUAUCCUUUGCUGUCCCAUAUCUUAUUUUAUUUCCCAAAUUCAGCCUAACCCUCCCCUCCUCCCACUGCUUCCCUUCACCCGCGUGAGAUCUUCCCAUCAUAAUAUUUUUUCUAGUUGCUUUAAUAAAAUAGAAUAGCAUGAAAACUGUUAAAUUAUAAUUACUUCUUUUGUCCUUACACGCUUAACAAUUGCCAAUUAAGAGUUCUGCUUUAACACCAUAUUUCUUCAUGUAUUCCCCUCCACAUUCCCAUUCUGUAUAGAAUUUUUGAUUGGAGCAGAUCCUGAUAGAUGCAGUCAUUUUUGCCCGGCCAAUCUUUAUAUGCAUUUAAUAAAAAGUAAUAAUAGCAACAAGGGACGCGGGUGGCGCUGUGGGUUAAACCACAGAGCCUAGGACUUGCCGAUCAGAAGGUCGGCGGUUCGAAUCCCCGCGACGGGGUGAGCUCCUGUUGUUCGGUCCCUGCUCCUGCCAACCUAGCAGUUCAAAAGCACGUCAAAGUGCAAGUAGAUAAAGAGGUACCGCUCUGGCGGGAAGGUAAACGGUGUUUCCGUGCGCUGCUCUGGUUUGCCAGAAGCGGCUUAGUCCUGCUGGCCACAUGACCCAGAAGCUGUAUGCCGGCUCCCUCGGCCAAUAAAGCGAGAUGAGCGCCGCAACCCCAGAGUCGGCCACGACUGGACCUAAUGGUCAGGGGUCCCUUUACCUUUAAUAAUAGCAAUAGCAGUGCAUUGGGAACAUAAAAGGAAUUCCCCUGCAACAGGCCAGUCGCCCCCCUAGCCCCCCUAGGACCCACAGGUUGAGAAAGGCUGCGAGUUUGGACCAAUGUGGUUGUCUCCCAGAUGUUGCUUGCUGGACUAAAACUCCCAUCAUUCCUGACCAUUGGGCCAUGCUGCCUGCUGGGAUGUGGAGUCCACCAAUCUCUGGAAAAAUUGCCUCCUGCUCUGCAAGGCCUUUGACUGCCUGAACUGCUCUUUCCUUUUUUCGUUGUUCCCUCAGUCCCCUUCUCCACCUCUUUCUCUCUUUUUUUUUCAUUUUUACUAAUUUUUAACAUAUCUGUUCCAACAGUCAUACAACAUAAUUUCUCAUCUUACACAAUGUUUUUAGACGUCCAUCAACACCUCUGAUGAUUUUCUGUUCUCUAUCGCUUAUUAUGCAUUUCUUAAUUUCUAUAUUUCUGAUAAUUUCUGACUUCUUUCCACAGGGCCUGUAAGACAGAGUUGUUCCGCCUGGCCUUUGGCUUGGAGCCAAUUUGAUUCCCUCCCCCUCUUUCUUUUUUCUUUUUCCUUUCUCCUCCUGCGAUGAGGCUAUAUUUUAAUAUUUUAAUGUUUCAAUAUUUUAAUGUUGUAUUUUAAUUUUGUUUUUAAGUUGUAUUCAUUCAACUUGCUUUGAUUAUUGCUUGUUAGCCGCCCUGAGCCCGGCCUUGGCUGGGGAGGGCAGGGUAUAAAUAAAAAUUAUUAUUAUUAUUAUUAUUAUUAUUAUUAUUAUAUUACAUUUAAUUAUCCUUAACUAAUAAUUCUCCUCAUUAUCUUUCUUGCAGUAUUUCAAAUAAUUCACCUUACAAAACUUCUUGCAAUCCUACUAGCGUAAUCUGUUCAUCACAAUUGCUUUUCAAAUAGUUCGUAAAUUUACUCCAGUCUUCUGAGAAUCUCUGGUCCCGCAGGUUUCGAAUCCUUCCUGUUAAUUUUAUCUAACUCUGCAUAGUCCAUCAAUUUCAUCCACCAUUCUUCUUUCAUCGGUAGUUCUUCUCUCCACCUCUUUCUCACAACCGUCUUCAUCUUUUCUUCUCUGCCCCAGGUGUUCCUGGUGGAGCGAGCCGGCCGGCGGACCUUGCAUAUGCUGGGAUUGGCGGGGAUGGCGGUGUGUGCCAUCCUUAUGACAGUGGCCCAGGGCUUGACGGUGAGUAACUGGGCAGAGGACGUAGUCCUUCAUCGGCCUCAGACAGCCUUCACCCGGCUGGCACCCUCCAGCUACUUUGGACUACAAAUCCCAUCAUCCAGAGCCAGCAUUGCGAUGGCUCUGGAUGAUGGGAUUUGUAGUCCAAAACAGCUGCCCUAGGCCUAUCCAAUGUUGAUUUGACUAAUCUUCUGUUGGGGCUAUUUCAUCUGUGGGUCAUCGUUUCAGCUCUCAGCUGGAUUUAGGUUUGAUGAGGCCCUAAGCUACUGAAGGUAAUGGGGCCCUUUAUAUGUCCAGCUGUCCUUUGUCAACAAGAAAUGGUCGCUGUUUUUGUGUUGGAUAUAUGCUAUAUGAUAAGGUUAGCAGACAGUCCCCGGAUUUACAAAUCAGUCCCCAUACAAAAUCCAUUGAAGUUGAAAAGUGUCCCCGGAUUCAUUGAAAAAAAAUCUGGUGACCUAACUAUAUGGUAGUUUAUGGACCUAAUAGGUAUCAGAAACCAUUUGCACAUAGCAAAAUAUGUAUUUUAUCAAAGUAAUUGCUACAACCAGUCCAUGCAGAAUGUAGGCACCCUAUAUAUAGAAAGGAGCAAACCAGUGAUAUUUUAGGGAGCAGGCUAGCAGUCGGGGCCCAUGACUUACAUCUAGGAGCCUACACAACACAAAACACUGUUGCUGUUUGUAGGUUUCAUUUUAUUUGUUUUUUUAUCUUAUAUUUUGGAAAUGUACAUCCAGGUUGUUGUUUUCCUUUACAUUUUUGGGGGGCCCCCAAGAGAGUGGGGCCCUAAGCUAUAGCUUGUUUAAAGGUAAAGGGACCCCUGACUGUUAGGUCGAGUCAUGACCGACUCUGGGGUUGUGGCGCUCAUCUCGCUUUAUUGGCCGAAGGAGCCGGCGUACAGCUUCCGGGUCAUGUGGCCAGCAUGACUAAGCCGUGUCUGGCGAACCAGAGCAGCGCAUGGAAACACCGUUCACCUUCCUGCCAGAGCGGUACCUAUUUAUCUACCUGCACUUUGAGGUGCUUUUGUACUGCUAGGUUGGCAGGAGCAGGGACCGAGCAACGGGAGCUCACCCCGUCGCGGGGAUUCGAACCGCCAACCUACCGAUCGGCAAGCCCUAGGCUCAGUGGUUUAACCCACAGCGCCACCCGCGUCCCUUAUAGCUUGUUUAGCUUAUACGUAAAUCUGGCACUGCCUUGGACAUAAAAGGCAAGAUACUAGGGCGGAGAGGGUAUCCCUGGCUUUUGCCAUUAAUUUCGUCUUCCUAGUUUUAAAGUACAGUGGUACCUCGGGUUAAGUACUUAAUUCGUUCUGGAGGUCCAUUCUUAACCUGAAACUGUUCUUAACCUGAAGCACCCCUUUAGCUAAUGGGGCCUCCUGCUGCUGCUGCCGCGCCGCCGGAGCACGCUUUCUGUUCUCAUCCUGAAGCAAAGUUCUUAACCUGAAGCACUAUUUCUGGGUUAGCGGAGUCUGUAACCUGAAGAAUAUGUAACCCGAGGUACCACUGUAGAAUAUUUUACGUAUGUACACGACACAUUUGGUCGCGAGAGGGUUGACGCAGCGCCUCCCGUUUCUCUCCACGCACCGCAGGAGCGUGUACCAGCAAUGAGCUACGUCAGCAUGGUGGCCAUCUUUGGCUUUGUGGCGUUCUUUGAGAUCGGCCCGGGGCCCAUUCCUUGGUUCAUUGUGGCAGAGCUGUUCAGCCAGGGUCCGCGGCCAGCUGCAAUGGCCGUAGCUGGCCUCGCCAACUGGACUUGCAACUUCAUCAUUGGGAUGAGCUUCCCCUCGAUCGAGGUGAGUUUCAGCCGCUAGCCCUUAUAUAGACUCUUGAAAUCGCCCACCCUGUAGCCCAAAACAUCAUACCUGCAUCACAGAAGGAGGCAGUCUUCAGCAGAUAUCUUGUCUGCCAGGAUACCUGAUAAUGGUCACUGAUUACCUGCAUUACCUGGGCAGCCUGACCAUUCUUUUGUGAUGGUUAAUACUUUACUUCCUGAGUCCAGGUCACAAGCUCACCCUAUUCAUACACAAAUACGCCCUUAAGACAAGAUUUGUAAGUGAAAAAGACAAUUUUCCCCAUUUUCCUGCCUUACUGCAGAGGAUUAUUUGAGGUCAUUGGGAGAGUCAAAAUGGCUUCAGGAUUGCUCUCCUGCACUAUUUCAGACACAUGGUUGUGUUUGCCUUGUACAUUUAUGAACAUUUAUUUGAUACCUGAGACCUUAGAAUUCUUAUAACGGGGUGGUUUCCCCGUCCUCGGAGGCUCAGGGGGUGACGCGUCCAAGAACAGGGCCUUCUCAGUGGCGGCCCCUAAGCUGUGGCACUCUGAGGUCCUGCGCCAUGCAAAAUCUGGCAGGGCUACAGUUUCUCACGCUCUCUUCUUCCUCCUCCUUGCAGGGAGCCCUCCACUCGUACGUGUUCCUCAUCUUCGCAGCCCUUCUCUUCGUGUUCCUGAUCUUCACGUACAUCAAGGUUCCCGAGACGCGAGGCCGCACCUUUGACCAGAUCGCCGCUACAUUCCGAAGGACGCCAUCAUUGCUAGAACGAGAGAUCAAGCCGUACACAGAACUGGACGAACUGAGCCCGGACGCCCAUGAAUGAUAGGGUUUGGGCAGGCGGCGAACCCUAGCACCCAAAAGGCACGGCAAAUGUGGACCGUGGUGUUCAGGGUAGCCCGCAAGAGGUACCAGGAUCUGCUUAGCACUUUAAUGGUGCCACAAGCCUUACCGGUGCGUGGUCAGAGUUGAACCCUAUUUUUUUCCUUUGUUUUCAUUAGGUCAGUUUUUAGCCUGGAUGUGUUUUUAACUUCUUUCCCUUUUUUUAAGAAAGAAAGGAAAAACAUUAAUAAAAAGCAGGGUGGGCAUUGUGGGGCGUGGGGGACACAAGGCCCCUCGCCCCGCUUUCUUUGUUUCGGAGGACAAGAAGUUUGUGGCGUCGAGCCAGGAGCCACGAGUUCCGAUUCUGUAAAUAAAGGAUCGUGGGGGAUUUGCACUGAGAGCAGACAGGAGGCUGAUGUGUUGUCGAGAUCCAGGAAACGCAUUCUCCCCAAAAGCAAAAUUCAAAGGCAGAGGCUGAAUCUGAAAAGGGGACGGUGGGGCGGAAGUAAUUCUGAGGACAGCGACUAAAUUAAUCUUCUCACUGAUUUUCGGGUUAUUUAUAUGCUGACUCCAUUUCCGCAUCGAGCCAGGGCUCAGCCCUGACUUACACAAGCAGCUGUUGCAGCUGAGGAAAGAGUGCCCCAGAGCAUGUGCUGAGUUCUUUCCCGCUCACACCCUAAGGAGCCACGCUCAGGCCUGUCCCAUCACCCACUUUUAGGGUGUGGGGAGGGGUCAGGGCAUUUAGGCCCAAGGGCUGACCCAUCUCCUUCUAGAAAUUAAGAACUGGAGAGUGGGUAUGAAGAAAAACAUCCUUGUAUGCUCAUGGAGAGGUGAUAUGGUCAGUAGUGACGUUGCUGGGGUCUCAAGCCCCCCCAAAAAUCAUUUUUCCCUGCACCCUGGUUGCCUAGCAACAGCAGCAAUGGCUGCCCUGGAUGUGUUUAGCGACCACCAUGUGUGUUGCCUAAACACUCCUCUGUUGAGGACUCUGUGGCAGGGUGAAGUAGGGCAGGGAGAUCAGAAUAUGGCUUUGGGAACUGUAGUUUCCUAAUGGUUCCGAGUCAUUGGGGGAAAACCCCAGGUCCAUUCCCAGAGUGGUUUAACAAUCAAUUCCUCUUCAUGGAGGACUCUGGGAAUUGUAGUUCCGAGACAGGGGCUAGGGUGGGUCUCCUAACGACGCUCAGCAUCUGUUACAAACAACAGUUCCCAGGAUCCUUUGGGGGCAGCCAUGACUGUUUAAAUUGCUAUCAGUUGUGUUUUCAACAUUGUAUAGUGUGACUGUGGCCUAAGAGUAGGUGCAGAGAGGAGGAUGAGUCACCCAUUCUCCAGCUUUGAAUGUCAAGGCCAUCUCGACGGAUUCCCCCAACAGCUUAUUCUGCACUUCUAGAACUCCCUCCUAUGAGGAAUAUUAAACCACCGGCAAGGCCGCUUGCGGAGGAUGUCACAGCAAUCGCUUCCCUACCAGAACACCCCGGGAAUUAAGUUUUCUAGCGGUGUUGAGUUUUCUUUGGCAGAGCUGCCUGGUCUCAUGGUUGCUUUGGUUAGUGUCUCGGCGCAGAGAAAUGCAAACCGCCACACGCCAUGAAUAAACCAAGAGGUCUAACUAUGGGCAGAAUAUAAAGUUACGUGGGUGGACUUCCUCUUGUGUAACGGGAUUUCGCCUUCCUUCAUCUACUCCAGAGGGUCCCACAAACCUUCUAGAGCAGAUUAUGAGGAAGCAGGGAGAAGAUGGUGACACUCCCAUCAUGGAAGCCUGUUGCUCUCAAGCACAUGGACAGCGCAUAGAAAAACCCUGUGGUUUAUAGGGCUCUAUGGAUGGUCCAUAGCAGUUCAAAAAGGCUUCUCGUGUGAAGAAGAGAAUCUGAGGCAAGGAUUUCCCCUUCCUUUAUUUCAGUGUGGCUUGCUUACAAGGGUCACAUAUUUUUUUAAGAAACAAUCUUAGGUGAUUGUGGUUCAUCUUCCAUUAUUGCCAACUGAUUAAUGUUAUCAGUUUGAUUCCAAAUGUAUAGCUUGGUUUUCUGGAAGGUGAAACGGUAAUCUGCUUGCAAAACAAAAAUGGAGGAGAGAAAGAACUCCAGGAAGGCCUCUUGGUCCAUUGCAACCUGAGUUGGUGGGAAGUUGUAGUCUAAAUUAUCUGAAGGGCACCAGGUUGAGAAAGGCUGGUGUACAUGUCCACUAUCUUAAAAUUGCAAUAGCACUCACCUGAGAUGUGCCGGAACUGAGUUCCAGAUGGAAAAAUGUUCUGGCCUUACCAGUUACAAAGCCCAACCCCACACCCUACCUCAAGGGCAAUACUUGGGAAGGUGAAAUAACAAGUUCUCUUCUAGGCAGAACAGCUGCAAGGAUAUGUAUUUAUAUCGUUUGGCAUUAAUCGUAAAUGGCAAGUAUUAAACCGCAGGGAACCUGGCUAACCCAGUUGUUUUCAGGUAUUGCCAAACUGGUUUGAAACCAUUGGUGGUUUUCACCCUAAGCCUCGCAACGACAUCUUUGAAAACACGCUGAGCGCGGGAACACAGGGUUUCUUGGCUGGGAGCGAUGGAAAUUAUAAAGGGAUUUUAAUGUUGUAGAACAGGCCCUGUGAAGCUGUGCCAUCGGAGUCCACACCAUCUUACAAAUCCAGACUUGAACACGUGUAGUGAACUUUCUAGUGGUUUGAGCUUUGCACUGAUUCUUCAGCACUUUUCACCAUGGCACUUAGACCCCAAGAGGGCUAGGACGACUUUUGUAUUAAAGGUGGGCUUUUAAAACAAGAGCAAAUGGACUGCAUCACUCCAUAGGCUACGUUAGCCACCCAGCACUCAAAAUACUAAAUGGAAGCAAGAAAGGGGGGGGGGGAAAGGGACGCCCACUUUGUAAAAAGGGUUUCCCUCGGGACUGUGCAAAGGAUUCUGUUUUCUGUGUAUUUAAUCAGAGGAAGAGACUCUCGAGAUUACAGGCAUGUUUGUGUGUGCGUGCGCAUGAUAAUGUUUGUAUUUCCAAGAAAAAAUAUUUGUAUAUAAAGAAUAGACUCUUA